AUGGGGAACGAAAGCAGCACCACUGAGGCGUUGGUAAGAGCAGCCCGGCUGGGUUUGGACGACUUGCUGCCUCCUGUGCUGCUUUAACUCUUUCAUGCACAGAGACUAACAAAACUAACUCUUACUCACCUGAUUACUAACGACUGGAAAACACUCCCUAAAACCUUCUUUACAUGAUUUUUUUCAGCCACCUGUGACGCCUCAUACAUGAGUCUGAGUUUUGCUUUUCUCAGGAGUGACUUUUCACUUCUAGAUUUUAGCAGAAGAGGAUCUUAAAAUCAGGUUCCUACUGGCCUACAUGACUUUGUUUCUCUUACUCUUUCAUUUCUAAAUAUAAAACCUGCGUCCCUGCACUCUUGUGUUGAAGUAUUUAAUUUAAAUAACAUGAAAAUCUGGUUUCAUGUGCUGGCGGAUAGGGGUAAAAGGGGAGCAGGGAAUAUGAUGAAAGCGCACAUUGGAUAUUUUGUUCUUUUUACGUAAUUUCACCCAAAAAGACCAAUAAAAACAUCAAAAUGUAUAAUAGCUUCACUGUUAUAAGGACAUUCAUGGGCCUUUGUGCACACUCCCAUCGUGAUUGGCUUUUAGAUGCAUCGCUUUGUUCUGUCUUGUGGUUGGACUUAUGUCGUGAGAAAUCAAGCUAAAUCUCAGAUGUUCAUGCUUUUACUCUCUAAUUGAUGAUGAACACUCGCCAGCACGCUGUUCCUGCAUCUUAUAAAUCCAUCAUUGCGAUCCAGCUUUGACCUCCUCUAACAUUUUGCAUGUGAGGUUAUUUUUGCACUUUCUUGUACUUUUUAAGGAUGUUUACAAAAAAGAAAAAUGUUGGUUUUCCACAUGUGACUGGUGAACCUCAGCUGUGGAAUUCAGGAUUACUCUAAUAGGAUUAAAUUAAACGUUCGGGUCUUUAGCUGCAGAUGACUGUUUUUGACUGCAGAGCAGGUUUAACAUCAUUAUGUCUGCCUUAAUAACACUGUGAUCUCUUUCCAGUUCAUUAGUGCAUACCGCUAAUACCAUUCACCUGUAUGUUGCAGAGGAGGUUUCCCCCUUUGAGAUCCCUUAUUGAAUUUUUCACUCCCUCUUACAGCCAGAAGAGGGCGCACCACCUGAAAACAUUGUUCUGUUUCCACCUCAGGAAAACCAGAAUGAGCCCCUGCAGGUACAAAAGUUGCAUGUGUGUGCAUGAAUCAGGGAGAGCAUGAAAAAUCCUCCUGAUGUUGUUAAAUGUUACUCAGCUGUGCUCCAGAUUCCUCAGAUUUCCUCUUUGUUUGUGGCCUCUGAAACUUGACAGCCUUAAAAAGAGUGGAGAUGGGAAACAUUUAGGGACAGAUCAGGUAUUUAACUGUUUAUUUAUGGAAGGAAAACGACGCCAUGAUUGAAAUUAUGGGCUUAAACUGGCUAUUGUUGAAAAAGAAAACCUCUAAAACCUUCUCCGAUCAUCACAGGCGACAGUUAUUUUUGUCUAUUUUAAGGUGUGAUGAGUCAGUCUGAUGUGGUUUAUUUUUAAUCCUGAGACAUCACAGAGAAAUGUGCUCAAUACACAACAGAGGCUUGUUAUUCCUUGUUCUUGAAAUCUGCAGGCUGUUGUUGCAGUCUUGGUUGUGUGUUUUUGUAUAUUUGUGCUGUCUGUCAGCAGUGUCUGUGAGUACUAAUCCUCAUGUAGUCAAACUGAUAAUUUAAACGCAGUUUGCAGCAGGUCUGACCACGUUUCCAGUGUUUUGUUGUGCCUGUCUCAGUUUUUGUGUGCAUGCAAAAACAGAGCUUUAGAUUCAAAACAAAGCUAUAAAAUCUUCAGUUCAGUAUCGAUGAAAUGUCUCAAGAAAACUCUCAAAUAAAUGUGGGCUUAAAUGAUUUUUAACCAUCAGAUUCUCUUGAUAGUGGAAACAUUCAGUGUGCUUAUAGAUGAUGUGAUUUUGAACAGUAACCCUCGAACACCAUCACCGGCUGAUUUUCACCCGACCAAACAUGUUUAUGUGAUUUUCAUUCUGUUGCGUUUGUCUGAGUAUCAUGGGUCUCUGGGUAUCUUCAGCAUUUCCUUUCACAUCUUUGAAGACAUAUUUGUUUCGCUCUUUUCCUCCAGACACGUGUUCACAGGGUGGUUUUCACCCGGCAAUAGUGAUGGAAGGUAAAGUAGGUUUGGGUGGAUUUCAUAGCUGCAUGUAGGGAAUAAGGUCAGUAAGAGUGGUCCUGGAAUUUACAAGCUAUCUUUAUUUAGUGCAGUGGUUAUGAAUAACUAUCACAAAGUUGUGAUCUUCAAGUGAAUUCAAAUGGUGAUAAGAAAUAUUUUAGUCAGCCGGUCAUUUUAACUCACUCCAAAUCUGCCAUAUUUUGGUUCUCUCUCCUGCAGCUGUUAUUGUGCCGAGGACCCUGAGUCUAACCCAGGGAAGACUCACAUGCUCCGAUGACAAGUACUUUUUCUUAGGUAUAUUAUUUCGGGUAAAAAUCCCCCCAUAGUGAUGGUGUUUCUAAUUUAAGCGAUAGUGUUCUUGGGUUAAGAGAUUCAUGGAGCAGAGAUGUUUACAAAGUCCACCAGAAAAGUCCACUAGUGAACUGCUUAUGUCAGAUCUAUCAGGUCAAACUAGAGUAUUAAUCAUGCAGGAGGAUGUUGUGUGCUCAUGUGUGGAGCUGUAACCAAAGCUUGUUGAAGUGUAACCUGAUCCUCCUUCAGGGGGUCACUGCAGGCCCGACCCUUGGCCUAAUUCCCAGCAUUCACCUGCAGAGGCACUGUCAGUCUUUGGGUCAGUGAAUGCAUCCAGGCAGAAAAACACAGCAGCAAGAGCAAGAGGAGGAGGGGACUGAGGCUGAGGUGGAUAAAAGAAGGAAGGAGGGAAGGAGACAAGUGGAGGAGGAGGGAAUAAAAGGAGUGGAAAGAGUUUACAGUAAAGGGGGAGGAGUCUCCUCUGCACUUCCCUGUAUACUGCCCAGUCAGGACAGUCAUCCCCUGCUGUGAGCGCUGUGUCGAGGUAGUGUUUUCAGUCUGCAGGAGGAGGAAGAGGAGCCUCAUGGAAAUUUAACAGGAGAGCGACAGCAGCAGAAGAAGACAGGAAAGGACAGGAGAGGAGGGAGAAGUUAGCUGAGUCAGUACGAGCAGGAGGAGGAGGAGGAGGAGGAGGAGGAGAGGAAGCGUCAGCAGCAUGUGUUGCAGCAUGUUUGUGUCGUCCUCUGGCCCCUUCACAACACACUGAGCCCUGCAGAGUCAGUCUGCACACACACACACACAGAGGAAGGAGCUGCACUGCACUCAGAGUCACCUUCACUGAUCGGUAAGUGCAGGACAGAGAUGCUGGACUGAAACUUAAAGGAAAGAGACACGAUUGUUUUUUAACGGGAUAGAGAGUGGAUGCGUUAAAUGUACCGGUGAGUUGGCCCUCUGUUUAAGGAACUUAGAGUACUACCUUCGGAUAGACGACCAAAGUGACAAGCUCUGUCCUCUUCUGUGUAAUAAAAUCAGUGUUAAAUUCACAAUAGUAAUGAUUUUAAUUUAGGAGUAACGGGAAAAGGCCAGUCCAACCGUUUACAUCUAUUUUAAGGGGGUUGUUUAGUCGUUUUGGACCCUCUUACUGGCAUUUAAAACUGUCAACGUUUUAUGUUGGCAAUUGUGUGGUAUUUAUAGCCUUUAGGCGUCAAUUUGAAAGUAGUUAUAUUUUCUUUUUGGAUAUAUUUCUCUUGUUUUAUCUUCAAUGGUUAAGAUUUGAUACACUCUAGGCGCCAUGUUUGUGCGAAAGAUGCUAGCACACAUUAGCCCAACGAACUUUUUCUCAAAUUAUAUUUCCCAUUUUUAGUUGAAUAAGUCAGGGUUUUAUUUAAUUAAAAUCAUAAAAUAAUGAUAAUCUAAAAUAGAAAAAAUAGUUUUUUACCCUGUUGUUGGCAUUUGAAACUCAACGUUUCAUGUUUACCACUGUAGGAUAUUUUUAGUUUUUAGGUGUCUAAUUAAGAGUAAUUAUAUUUUUCUUUAUGGAUUCAUUUUGCUUGUUUUAUUUUUAUUUUUUUUGUAUUUCUCGUUUCACAACAAUAGUUAAGAUUUGAUGUACUUUGGGCGCCAUCUUUGUGUGAAAAAUGCUAGCACGCAUUUGCCCAAUGAACUGUCGUCAAUUUUUUUUUGUCACAGCUACCAAUUUUAGUCGAAUAAGUCAGAGUUUUAUUUAACUAAAACCACAAAACAAUGAAAAUAUAAUGUAAAAAGAGAAGUUGUUGGGAAGAGUUGAAAUAAGAUAAAUUAGCCGUAAGAAUCACAAGCUAAUUAACUGUUUGAAAAGCUAGCCUAACUGUUACUAUACCAAGUGAUAACAGUAAUAUCGUGAUACAUAUUUUUGACGAUUUCAAGACAAACAUAUAACAAUACUUUACAAUGUCUAAAUAACACAACAAAAUACAUCCGAAAUACACAUUUCUCAGGAUUAAUGUUCAAGUGUUUACAUGUUUUAAAGGUCUUAAAAUCUUUUUUAAAGGUUUAGUGUGUGGAAAUUGGGAUAUUUCACAAUAUCCGGAGGUUGGUUCAGAAUCAUAGUGUUCCCAUGCUCACAAAAGUACACAUGUAAAAGUACACAAAGUACAUAAGAUUUUAUUAUUUACCAUUAAAGAAAAAUACCAUCCUUCUUCCUCCUCAAACUCCUAAAUUCAGCUGCAGCUAAUAGCCAUUAAGUAAACUUGUGUGCGUCCAUCAGAUGUUUACUUUUUGGACUGCUCUUGUUUGCUAAUCAACUGUAAAAAGGUCAAAUUAGUGUGUUUGAAUUCCAACACUGCAAACUGUGGGAAAGUCGGAGGGGGGUUUGCACUUAUGCAAGGCACUGUUUAAAUAAAGUUGAAUCUGUUGUGACUUGGUGUGUAAGUAAGGGCCUGUUUCUGCUUCAGCACCGCCCUCCCUGUGUUUACAACUGUCAUGUGUAACGCAUUAAAGUCGUGUUAGCACAUGGGCUCUGGCAUGUUGGAUUAACAGUAAGUAUUGCUGGCUGGAUGUUUGACAAGUAGCAGUUUCCAAGCAGCUUCAUCUCUGCUGUGUUUUGUUUCUGUGGGUAAACUAACAACAGACUUUUUUCUCUCUGUGUGCGGGUCAAACUAACCGAAACAAGGCCGAGCUUUUCCACCUCACUGAGCGUUUACGUUUUCAAACAAUGGGUAGUAAAUGAGUGAAUGAGUGUUGGUUGUAAACUUGGCCAUGCUGGUGUUUGGCUUUGUUUCGGCUGCUUUGAGGCUGAUUUUUUAGUGGAUGGGCUCUUGUGUGACAUUAGCCAGGCUUUGAUAGCAAGGUGAGAGAGCUGAGGAAGGAAACAGGAAACCCACAACACGUCAACACCAUCACCUCUCAUGAUACAUACGUGUUCAUCUCUGCAUGCAAGGGUUGUGAAGGUGUGUUUUUUAGUUUUCAUCUUGUUUCAUUAGAGAGAAUAACAGCAGGGAGAUCACAUGGACUCUGCGUGAUGUUCUCUUUAAUGUUUAAUGCUCUUUUAUUAAGAUUUAUGGCAAAGCUGCUUAUUAAGAUAUCAUCAAAAUAACCCAUUAUAGCUCCAGCUUUGCAAACUGGGCCACUACAAGAAACGAACAUCUUUGGCCUGCAAUCUUGAUUGUUUUAAGGCCACAAAAACAAAGAAUCUGUCCAGGAGGGCUCGUAACUUUUGCAGAAUAAGUUCCUAUUUCUUGUACCAGCAGGCCUCAGUGUAUUCAGGAAAAGGAGUCUGUAUGGCAGAACAUAAUUCACUAGAAAGGCAUCCUAGCGCCCACCAGUGUUGAUCUGAUGACGGUCUGUAAAUCUGUACGGACAGAUAUCUGCGUGCAAGAGCAGCAAAAAAAUCUGUUCUAGAUAAAUCUCACUUCUGUGCAACAAAAAAAGGAAUUAAAUAGGUGUUUUGUCUUUUAUUUUUUACAAAUCUGCACAAUGUUGUUAUUUCAGCACACCUAAAACCGUAUAAUCACAACUGCACCCAAGUAGUUGGCCAUUAAUUUUGGAUUCAUAUCACCAUCAGACAAUAGUUCAUGGAUUCUGAGAUCAGGAUGAGAAAAUCAGGACAAAUACAAAGUCAGGAUUCCUAUUAUGUAGAGCUGGAUAGUGGUGUUUGUAAAACUUACAGGGAUCUCAAUAAAUCAAACUUCAGCACAUAUUAAACAGUGCCGUAAGACUUCCACUCAAGAGACAGGAACCCCAGAUCAGGUCUGUGCCCACCUACAUCAGCUUUGAAAGGUUUUUAGGGAGAGGCAAAAUUAAAACAAGGAGGAGAGACUAAUUUCAUUCUGGAGUUUAUCCCACAUUCAUUCAUGUCUUUGUGGUGAAACCAAAAGGAUCCUCAUCCGUACUGAAUGUCUCACACAAAGGAGGCUCUUUUCAGUGUUUACACAGGUGAGGUCAGUGACUCAGAGCCUCCUCAGAACACACACCACUUUACCUGUUUGUCUACCUUUACUGUCCGUGUCCAGUGAGUACACUUUUCGCAAGUUCAGUUUUGUUCAAAAUACGAAGUUUUUGGAGCUGUGGGUCAGCAGCUGUAUUAUUCAUUUACUGUAUAAUAAUAGGAAACCAUAGUGGUCUUAAUAGUGAUCCCUGAGGUACACCUUUUUAUAUUACACAUUUUACAUGAAGCCCUGAAUGUAGAACGGUGCAACAUACAAACCAACCGAAAAAUCCACUCGCUCCGUGAGCCCAACAGCUUUGUUUCUGUGACAUCCAGGAAACUUCUCAGCCCCACAGAGAAGAUCACUUUAUUUUAGAGGCUGUUUAGAUCCAGUCUCUGAAAAAUGAAGCUAAUCUGUGAUAAGUUAAGGAUUAAUUUAAGUGACAUAGUGUGAUUUUUGUUGUUGGCUAACUAUGCUGAUGGAAGCCUGCCAUGUUUGUUCUGGUCUGUCAGUCAGCUGACCUUAAAAGGCCCAAUCAGAGGCCAGGCUUCCCCAUCCCAGCAGAGCAGAUACUAACACUUGUGAUAACAUUUGUGUGUUGAAACAGAAACCCUGUGUCGUGUGACUUUUUCCCCACAGAAAAGCCACAAAAAAUGUGUAGAGUUUAAUUUUGUUGAAAACUAAAUCUACGUACAUCCUUGUCAUCCUGAUUGUUGUCUGAAUUUUCUCAGGCAUACAUGUAGUGAUGGUUUCAUCUUGUCAUGAUGUUCACUCUGCCUGUGUGCAGCCAUGCUGUCUACUACAGGCUCAUCAAUAAUGAAUGAAUGGAUUCAGUUCUGAAUCUCAGCAAAAUACAGGGUAACCACAGACAGGUCGUGUCUUUCUGAACCAGCACUGUUGAAUCAGCUGACACCCUAAAUCUCUAAGAACAGGAUCUGUCUUCAGUGUAAAAGGAGCUCAUGCUCACAUAUACUACAGAGUUUCAUAACAACUAAAGGCUGGUCUCAUCUGUCAGUGUUUGUAGUAUCUGCACCUGCACUCUUGUGUUUAUACCUGGGUCACUGUUGUGUGGGAAACUUUCCCUGUGAACUGGAGCAGAAGGGAGAAAUUCCAUCACAGUCAGAGAGGAUCCUCAGCUGAGCUUUCGUUGAGUGUUUUAAAGGGCCGCGUCGCUGCAACAUGACGCCACAGUCAAGUGUUGUGGUUUUAGGCUGUGGUCGUCUGUCAACCAGAGGAACAGACAGGGAGUAAAAACAGCCGCCAAGCUCUUAAUGUUUGUCUCUCUAAAAGGAUUUGAAGCCAAAUUUCAUGUUUGUAGGAUAAUUCCUCGAUUUAUUGCUCUUAUAGGAGAAAGAUGUAAUGAAUGCAUUGAUAGUUAGGAAGUUAAAGCAGCUUAUUAUGAAUCCUUCCAUCAACACCCUUCCUGUUCAGCAGCAGAAUCACUGUCUGGUUAAAUAAGUUUAAUCUUUUGUGCUUUUCAUUCGGAGUAAAGCAAAUAUAGCAGGAGAGUGGGGAACGGCUGGAAUCAAACCCAGGCCAUCUGUUGACGGCAGAGCUGCUGAACAUGAGGCGUGCUUGGACCAAAUGUCUGUCCAGUGUUGGAUCCAAGCUGUACACAGUGAUCAGCCACUGACUGGAGCUGUAGCACACGCUGGUGUAUGAUACUGGAUGUAAACUACUACCUGGAUAUGGAUUGGCAUUAUUUCUGAUCUAGAAAUUAAGGAUCAAUUCUUAUUAACUUAAACUACCAGCACAGGCAUGUAUGUUAACCUGCAUAUAGUUCACCUACAAUCUUUGGGAUCAUGUGUGGUUACCUGUUCUUAACAUAUAGUGCUAAAUUCUGACUGCUUUCUUACCUUUGGACUUGUCUGUUGGUCAGAAUUUCAUUUUCAGUGUAAACCAGGAGGAAAUGAGCCACUACUGAACAUUUACUCGUAGCCACAGUCGACACAAACCAUUAAUCUGCAGGAGCUUUAGUAUCAGAUAUAAAAACAACACAUAUUAAGGUCUGUUUUACUGUCAUGCUAAUUUUAAACUGUGCUGGGUUUUUCUAUUUCAUGCAUUACUUUUCCUGUAGCAGUUUUAUGAGACUCUGUGUGGGCUAAAACUCAGCUAGCCCCAGCUACAAACUCUCAGUUUCAUGCUCUUUAUUGAACUAUGUUGAAUUACAGUGUUUCUCUUAAACAAAGUCAAUAACUUCAAAUAUUCAGUGACCCUUUAGGUGUAUUUUUCAAGCGUGUUCAGAAAGCGAUAGUCAAAGAUCAAGAGACUUUAUUUACUCAAGAUAAUAAGGUAAUAAACCGAGGCUGAAACUGUCAUUCGAUCACCAACUCUAGACAAUCAUUAAACCACAUGUCAGAUGUCGGAUUCAAGCAGGACUGGUUUUGUCUCUAAUGAUUAUUCACUCGCUGUGUUGAGGUUUUUCACGCCCUGGGAAAUUAUAAUAACUCACUUCCUUGUGAGGUAUUUAUAAGGCGGUAAAUAUUCGAUUUAGAUGCAUGUACAGUCAACUUUAUAGCUGUUUAAUUUCUGUCUGAGUCGUUAUGUUAAGCUUAUCUGAGCAGUCAAAUCAGAGCUGCGCAGAUACGGCUCUUGCACCUACUCUGGUGAAAUAGGGCGACACAUGGGUGGAGUUAAUUGUUUGUUAUGCUGACUGUGAUUAUUAAAUCAUGUUCACCUGCAACACGCUCAAACCUGUUCAAAUCCACGCUCAGUCAUGGAUCAUCCAGCAGACGAUUCAACUUUAAACUCACCGUCUUCGUGUUUCGAUGUCCCACAGGGUAACGCUCAGGCGGACGGUUCAACAAAGAGGGACGACAGAGCGCCGCUGACGAGACCCUCCUCUGGCAGCCAGCAGAGUCUGCAGUCUGCACCAGUGCUCCCAGAGGUCCCAGUGAUCUCUGGAGUGGAGGAGAGCCUGAGUACAGAUCAGGAGGACAAGGAGGAGCUGGAGUUUCCUCAUGACCUGCUGCCCAGUCUAGACUUCAGCUCAGAGUUCAACAUCUGGGAGUCCUCGCUGGGGUGAGUGACACAAAUACACAGAAAUGACGGCAGAGACCGACACGGUUUCCUCAUACGAUCAGGGUUACACCUACUGGAGUAAAAGUCAGAGGUGGUUCAAGUAGAAAAGUCUCAAGUAGAAAUGGAAAUACUUUAGAGAGAAGAUCUUUAAUUUAUAGAAGUCUUUAACAAAACAAAAGCAUUGUUCUUUAUCCUGAAACUUUUCAUUAAACUCCUUUUACUCAACACCCCUAAAUGUGACGGGAAAUACUGAAAACUGGACAAAUCUCAUCAAACAGAAACAUUUGACUGAGCGCCUUUUAAUGAUUUACAAUAUUUCAUUAAAGAAAAGGAACAUUUUUCCUUUGUUUGAAUUUUACUUUGUUUUAUUUAGAUGAUUUUUCCGUCAUUAGAUAUUUUUGCUCUUUGGUAAAUAAUCAAAUAAUUUUCAUAUGUAGUUAAAUGUUUGUGAAGCCGACCUUCAGGGCCACCGUAGAUAAGAGUAUAGAGUUAUUCAGGAGAAUAAAUAGAUCACUUAAAACAUAAAUUAGGCUGUUAAAUUAAAGCAGUUUAAGUUUAUUUUUAAUCUUCAUGAAGAGUAGAAAGUUUUCUACUUGUUUGACUUUGACAGUUUGGAGGAAAUGUGAAUCGUGACGUGAUAACUAACGUCAUCUGUUUCCUGACGAAGAACCGAGAUAAAACCGGAGUCGAUUCAGACAGACAGACAGACAGACAGACAGACAGACAGACAGACAGACAGACAGACAGACAGACAGACAGAGAACAGGGUCAUUGAUGAACUUUUGGUUUCUAUGUUAAAAUAUAAGAUCUCACUGUUCCCUCAUUGUUGUUUGUAAACCGGUCUAAAGUGGGUUUGGCUCAUUAGGGACAGGAUUACAUGAGGUACUUUGGUGAGUGUUGAGGGUUUGUUUGCUUAGUUUGACAGCACUGUUUUAAACAAUCCACACCCACACUGUAACAAUGAAGCAGAUGAGCUCACUUUGUUCAACACUAAUAAUAAAGACCUGAAGGCACCAGGGUCAGUCAAAUCCUUCAAAACCUUUUUUUUAGAUCGAACAAACUCUGACCUGUAAACCCGGCUUCUCUCCGCUCCACCGUCUCUCUUCUUACUCUCGAUUUCACGUGGACACAGCGCUGUCUUCUGUCUGUCAGCUGAGACGCAGAGGGUAGAUGGUUGUUAUGUGUGAUGUCAUAUUUUACAGGCGUCGACUGGGACGUUAAGGCGACAUGUCGAGGAAUAAUCAACCGUGAGAAGAUGCACUUAGAGACUUAGAAAACAAAACUCAGCCAACAUUGACAGACAUGCUGCCACUGAGGACUUAAUAUUAAACCAACACAGCAGAUCCUGGGAGAUAAGGAAACUUGAGGAGGGCUGAAAAACUCACUGAGGUUGAAUCGUAUAAAAAAUUUAUGUUGCUGCGAGUGACCAAAAAGUGAAAUAAAAAUUCAUGCGCCUCUUUAAAUUCACAGAUCUCACACAUUUGAAACCGGUAAGUGCCCACAGAGGACCAAAUAAACCUCAAACCCCCCAGCAAUGAUCCUGAUGUUAAGACCAACAUUUUUUAUAUCAGUAGACAGUUUUUUACUCCCACAACGUUAAUUUUUAUUGAUUCAGUAAAACUCAAAUGCAUUGUGGAGUUUUGUGUUGCAGUAACACAGAAAUCUGCACAGUCUCACAUACUCCUGCAUCAAGAUUCAAGAUCUGGUGUAUUUGCUUUCUAUACGAACAUACAGAAGAUAAAACACUGACAGCCCUAUAUGAGGUAAAACACCCCCACUAAAUAAACACGACAGUUUAUUAAUUAACAAUAGAUUAAUAAAAUCAUGCAAACAGUCCUCCCAUCUGUUACUCACUUAAAGCUUAAAUCCCGUAUGAGCGCAGAGUGAAGAUGGUUUAUGGCCUCAAAAGAAAACAUUUGUUCCAAUGGGGUUAUUGUUUCUGAGAAUGUGUGUGUUUUUGUGUGUGACUGUGUGUGUGUGGGUCUGUGUGUGUGUGUUUAUGGAAGCAGAGCUGACUCCAGUUCAGAGGAGAGGAAAUGUGAGCAGGUGAACCCCCUGCUGGUGGGUCUGCAGCAUCACAUGGAAGUCAGUGGACCUCAGUUGGUCUCAGAGAUGAGGUAGACUCAUGAUGCAUGAUGGGAGUGAUGAGAGUGUGACCAAACCAGUGGGCAUGGAGUGAGACCCUGACAGGCUGAUGGAGGGUUUCUAACAAGUACGCAGACUGAGCUCCAAGUGUGGUGAUUUCUGCUCUCUGCGGUCUGCUGCCCGUGUUUCUCUGCGCUCUGCUUUUGUCUCACCUGUCAGGUUUUUCCUGAAGUUUAUUUUCACUAAUAGGUUUUAAUGUGUGCUGACAGCCUGAAAUAUAACUCUGCUGGAUCUGCUAACUUUUUAAUUAACAUAAGGCCAACAAAGAAAUACAGAAGAUAGAUGGACACGACUUAUUCCAUUUAUUCGACACGCCUGGACACAGGAACAUUAUUGAAACUUCAGUAUACUAAAUGUUUUAAUGACGCUGACCACAAGGAAGAAGGAGAGUUUGUUGAUGGUUUUAUAACAUGUAUUUCUGAAUUUAAAACAAACAAAUAUUGAGUUAAUACUUUUUGAUCUGAGAAAAUACAGAAACAGAAAUCACAUAGGGGUGAUUUUCUGCUUUAGAGUCUCUCACUAGAGCUGAAACUGUCAGAGGAGAGGUUAUUACAUUUACUGAGACGUUGGCACAGUUAUUUCAUGGCCUUUUACAGGGUCAUAUACGGUAACUGCACAUUCUUACCAGGGCUGGGAUGAUACGCUUUUCUCCAGAUUUGAUUCUUCUACGAUUUUUUGGAGGCCGAUUCGAUUUAAAUUGCGAUUCUACGAUAUUAUCGGUUUUUUCGAUCUUUAGUCUGCAUUUUUAACACCAGUGAAACAGUUGAAUAAUUAUGAUUGUGUACUGACUAUUACAGGAACCAUAUUUCCCCCAGAAAAUAAACAUCACAUGUAAGUCAGUUUUUAAGAUUUAUUCUUUAAUUUGAAAAAAAAAAGAUUUUUGAACAUAAAAAUCGAUUUAAAAAUUGCAAAACAUAAAUCGCAAUACUUAUGUGAAUCGAUUUUUUUUCUCCCAGUCCUAAUUCUUACAGUAGAUUAUUCAUGCAGCACUGACUGAAGGUGUUUAAUUAAACCUGAAACGCUCAAUCUCACAUACAGGAGUUUAAUGCAGGUACAGCACAGGUACGUCACUCUGUCAGGUGACGUCCAGACAGUCAGAUCGUGUUGUGGGCGGGACUUUAGGUGUGACAGAGAGGAAAAAACACCAACAGUGGAGCCAGAAAAUCAAACAUUUGUAUUAUUUAAGACGUCUAUAAAUUAGAUCAAGAUAAUCAGUCAAAUUUUGCAGGAUAAAAACACGAAUGUUGAAAGUAAAACAAUGUUUCCUCUUUAGAGAUGCUUCUGGGUGUGAACCUGCAUGUCUGUUCAAGAACAGCUGGUUUAUGUGUCAGAGGGUGAUGCAUAUCUCAGACUGUGCAUCCUGCUUACAGUCGAGUGUGUGUCUGUGUGUGUCUGUGCAUAUUUGAUGUAGUGCAGUGUCUGAGCAUGGGUUUGUGCUCCGCUAAUAUCGGCGCUUCGCAGCACCGUGGAAUGACCAGCUGUCUGCCUGCCAGUCUAGACUCUUAACUUUGUCGCCCUACCCUCGCCUCAGGCCCCACGACAGCAGCCCAGUUCUCACAGACGCCCAGCCUUCACCUUGGCCGGAUGUCCGACCCCCGACCCCACCCCGGUCCGUGCUGCUAGACCGGGAACUCCAAGAGGCCUUUCAGGAAUGUGAGGAGCAAAUGGCCUCACUGGGAAUAGUUAAUCCCAAAGAGUCCCAGAGCACCCCGCCUGGAGAAGGGAUGGUUAACAAGUCCAGUGAGUCAUCGUCACUGCCUCCAGUCGGACAUAGCAACGCAGGCCAUAGCAACAAGAGCACAAACGGAAACAGUGAGGCAGCAAACAGGCGCAAGGAUACAGUUGUGUUUAGUUUCAGAGAUUAUAUUCUGGGAACUGAGAGCAGUGUCAGAGCGGCGGAGACGGAGGGGGAAAUCAAAACAACAGAGAGCGUGGACUCGAGGAUCAGGACGGAAAAAGAAACAGAGAGAGAGGAGCAGAAGGAAACACCUACGCAUACACAAUUAGAAACAGCAACUGAUUCAGUUAAAGAGACACAAAGAGAUGUCCUGAUUCCUGAGCAGAGAGGAGAGAAAAGAGCCGGCGGUGAUGGAGAGGUUUCUGAAGGCUGUUAUAAAUCAGUGCAGGAGAAAGGGACAAGUGCAGAAUCAGAAACAAGUGAUAAAAAGGGAGAAAAUCUCAGAAAUAAAGAGGAUGUAGUAACAGAAACAACAGAGCGUGGCGUGUUUGCAGAGACAAAGGCAGGAGAGGACAAAUGGACGAACUCCCAGCAGGCAGAGCAGGAAAAAAAGGCAAAGAAGAAAGACAAGAAGAAGCAAAAGAAGAAGAAAAAGAUGGGGAGAGAAAGAGGCACAGAGGCACAACCUGUAAAUGAUCAACAAGCAGAGCUGCCUGAUAAUGGAUGUGACUACGAGCAACAGCUGAGUCUCAGGGGAAAACUCCGCUCCAGCCUCCCACUUUCAUCCUCUCAGAGCCGGCCGGAUCAUGUUACCGACUCGGCCCGUUCACCUGCGGCUGACCGGCCUCAUCAUCAGUCAGAUAACCACAAACAUACCGAAACCUCAUGUGGCAUGAAUCACCGCUCAGAUUAUCGCGAACAUGCAACCAGAGACGUCAUCAAUAACCAGAAUACAUGUGUGACAGAUGUCCAAACUGCAGCUAUCGGUCCUGAUCAGAGAUCAGAUUCACAAACACAGGAGGCUCUGGUUACCUCAGAGGCACAGGAGAAUCAGAGCCCACUCCCCAGCAGCAGAUCUUGUGUGGGAGAGAGCGGCGUGCAGAGUGCCCUUGAAGAGGCUUUAGUGGUGGUUGCUGCGUUGCCACUGACAACACCCACGAUGCCAGAAGUGAUAGAAAGCGAGGGAGAGGGAGGAAAGCGUGAUUCAGUGGAGAGAGUGGAUACUGUAGCAAAGGCAGAGAGUCAGGAAGCAAAAGGAGCGAGGGAUUCUGAGGGGAUAGAAAAGUCUGUCAGCUCUGCAGACAAAGACAAAGACGGGCUCCUGGACAGCCUUCCUCAGCGCUCAUUAAUCUGUUCACAGGAAAAAUGCUCACUUGCAUUCUCUGCCAAAGAGGGACAGGCUCCAUCUGAGGGAAGCUGCAGCAGCGAAAUGCCACAAAACUCGGCAGAGAGUGAAAGGAAGGGACAGAGGGAGGCGAGCCUUCGCAGUGCAGACACAGAGAUCUCACCGGCUGAAGAAAGAGAGCCACACCGGCUAGAAGCUAUUAUCAAUACUUCUCCCUUUGGGCUACUUACUGCUCCUGCUUUUCAGGAUCACGUUGCUGCAGGAGGAGGAGGAGAGGGAGAGAAAGGAGGGCUGGGUAAAGAGCACAGUUCAUUCAGCCAGCCAGGAGGCUCAGCUCGUGGGGUGUCAUCAGCUGAGACUGAGACGUGUCCGCCCACCGAUGUUGCCGAGUCACAGCUGAAAUCACAGAGCCGGAGGGAGCCGGCUGCUACCAUCUCUGAGAGCAUCUGCACCGAGCAGGACCGCGUCUCUCACUCCUGCCAGGAGGAGCGUGGCGCAGCGAUUUUACCUCCGAGCUCCGGCAACGCCGACAGAGGAGGGAGGGAUGACUGCGAACGGGAUUUCAUUUCAGGGGGAGCACUUUCUUUAGGACACAAGGACUACAGCCAAGUUUCUCCUUCACCACAACAAACCCCAACCCUGCAACAAGAGGGCAACGAUCAACAGGUAGAGUCUGAAAGUAGCAGAAGAGAAGUUCAGACACGGAGCAGGAGUGGCAGCUCCGCUGAGGGCGGCAGAGGACGCAACAUCCGAGUUCAUUUCGAGGACACGGUGAUUGAGAAGGAGAGCAGGAAGAUGGAGUUUGCCUCUUUGCCUCCUGUGACCGUGCACGAGAGUUUGCACCAUCCUGUCGUCGAAGCCAGCUACAUCUUCCCGGACUUCCUCAGCUUGAAGAAACCGGAAAUCCUCGCAAAUGCAGUCCUUUCCAAGAACACAGAGAAAGAUGUCAAUGUGGAGAAAGGAGGCGUGGACGCUAGAGAUGCUAAAGAGAGCGUAAAUAAAGAUCAGCUGGAGAAGAACAACUUAGAGACAGAGGCCAGCAGGAACCAGAUCAAUCAGAGCGAUCAGAAAGAAACUUUUGACCAAAAGACAAAGAGCGCCGUCUCAAAGGAAGAGCAGGUGACCGAGCAAUCAGAGGCAGAAACUGAGAAAGGUGUUGAUGAUGUGCACGAGUCCAAGGAGAAGGAGACGGAGAAGGAGUCUCAUCCCCGUCCUCAGGAGUCACCUUUAAAAAGUGACUCUGCUGAGGAUACAGAGAAGAGAGGUGAGCAGCUUCCUCCCUCCUCAUCCUCGGUGCUUCCUCCUCAGGCUCUAAAUGAUGUCUCCACACUCCACACUCACCUUGACCCUGAAACUGAGACCUCCACCAGCUCCGCCUCUCUUCAGACAAAACCUCAUGACCCCGGUCUUCAGCCUCCCACUAAACUCGAUCAAACACCUUCUUCUUCUGGACUCAUCACCAAAGUUCCAACGCACACGCCCGACUCUCAAACUGAUGAUCUCAGGAAGGACGCAUCAUCCAGUUCAGGAGCUGCAGCCUCUGACAAGUCAAUUCCUCUUAGCGAGCAACGUGCCAGUAAUCCCGCUUUGGUGCCGCGGCCUCCUGGCCCCAUGUUGAGUCACUUUGAGUUCAUUAGAGACUGUGACGGCUCUGUUUCUGAGCAGGCGGGGAGCGGCAGCGCUGAAGUCUCUGGAGAGGUAAACGUCAAUAAGGACGGGGGAAUGGCACCGACCAUAGAAGAAACGGAGGCUAAAAAAGACGUGAUGAACAAUCAGGGCCGCCUGACUCCUCCGACUCGACCUCCUGGUGCAGUGGGCGGACCGGCGAAGGAUGUAUCCCAUAAUGUAAUUUCCCUAUCUCACACAGAGCCAGACUUCGUUGGCGUUGAACCUGCUUUUUGUGAAUCAUCCAUUAAGGAUGAUCCUAUUAAUGUCAGCGGCCCACUCCGCUCAGUUAAUCAUGAAAUUAAAGAACAACAAAACAGAGAUCUGCCGCUUGAAAAGGAGACGACAACAAAGGAUAACCAGGAGGAAACAAGAGACAGCUGCAAGACGCAAGCAGGAAAGAGAGACACAACAGCACAACAGAGUAAUGGAGCAGAUAAAGAGCGAGCGGAGGAAAGUGGAGCCCUGCAGCCACCACAGACACAUAAAGAAGAAAAGGCUGAAUCACCAAGAAAGGAUGUAAAGGAGGUAGGAGAGGAGAUUGCAUCUAAAGGCCAGACAGAGACGUCUUCUUUGGCUCUUAAAAGACCUGCAGAGUCAUCUGAGGACACGCAGAAUGCUAAGACAAGGCCUCCGACUCUUCAUGACCAAGAAAAACUGGCCUCAGUUCUUGAUGGGGACGUGGCGCAAGAUUUGGGUGCAGCUCCGAGCCAGUCACAAUCCACACCAGAUCCAAACUUCUUUGCUCAGCAACAGCAGCAGGAUCUGGCAUCUAAACGCCAAACAGAGGAGCUGUCAGGAGAAAAGACGGCGGUUCGUGGGGCGAAAGAGGUGGUGGAGGAAGGAGGCAGGUCUGUCAGGAGCUUGACAGGAAGCGGGGAUGACAGCGGAGGCAAAGAAGAAGUGACGGGUUUAGAGGAAGGGCAGGCUGCUGCAGAGGAUGACGGGGUUUAUGUGGCGUCUCAACUUGUCAGUGAUUUAAGUAAGAGUGAAAAAGCUUCAACCAGGGUGGAGAUGAAAAGUUCUUCUCAUGUAGGCGUGGAUAAGAGUGGAAGCUCUAAGCUAGGAGGAGACACAGAGACCGAGUUCAUGAGUGAUCUGAGCGGUAAAGGUCAACAAAAAACUCAUCUAUCAGCCGCCUGUCAGGACCAAACCAACACUGCUGCGUCUGUGGAGUCUUCAUCACAAGAACAUGAGACUUCACCUUUCCAAAUUCCUGUUUUAUCAAAGGUCAGCGCAGAUACUUCUGACAUUCAUGCAGAAGUUAGUCCAAGUGGAAACCAGGCUGACCAGAAACUGCAAACAGAAAAGGUCGGGGAAAGCCACAGUCCUGAAAUUAAGGAGUGUAAAACGAAGGCCGCAGAGUGUGAACUUCAUGAACCAUUAAGCUGGAGUCUAACCUCACACACACAGAGCAGCACAGUAGCAGAAAGAGCCAUAAAAGGCCCUGAUGGAGAGGAGAUCACAGAGGAGGAGAAAGCAGCUUUGGGAAAAGAGACAGCCAGCACCCAGGGGACGGAGCGAAGUGGAGUGAAAGCCACAAACAAUGAGGCGACAAAGAAACAGGAAGUCAUAAAUCUGUCCGAGGGAGCUGAAGUUAGCGGCUCCAGAUCGAUUAAAGAUUCAGAUCUGAGUCAGAGUCCACGGCUGCAAAGCAGAGAUGCAAUUUGUAAGUCUGACGGGAGCGUUGGUCUUUCUAACGCAACAGAAAACAACAACUCUAAAUCUUUGACUUCGUCCCAAUCCCCUGAAAACUCGUCUGCAGAGAAGCCACAUGAUGACCAACAGCCCAGAGACGGUGCUGUAGUGAACUCUGUAGUAACUGUGUCCCAAAGUGAAGUCCAAAAACCUGUCUCUGUUGAACAAGUGUCAGUGAAUAAAGAGAGUCCUGCUGCAGGACAAAGAGCCGCAGGAGCAGAAACAAACUGGAUCACAGCUCUGAAAGAAGCGGCAGCCGAUUCUCAGAGUCAACAAGACGACGGAGAGACAACAUCCAGGUAAACAUAAGAGCGUGUGAGAGUGUUUGAGUAAACCAGAGACGCCUUAAAGGUGCAGGCCACAUUUUACACAUGACAUCCAGCCAAUCAGAGAGCGUUGUGGGCGGAACAUAAGAUGAUACAAAGUGGUGCAAGAAAACAGACCAAGAGGGAAGGACAAAAAAGAAGGGGAACAGUAGUUAGGAGUGGGAGAAAAAAUGGAUAUAGUAUCACAGUAUUUUGUGUGGUGAGACAUCGAUUCCCAAGUAUCAACUUUUUUCAAAUUAAUUGCUAAUAUGAAGUCAAAUUUAUGAUAAUGGAAAAAUAAAAUCAACUGUUUGUCCAGUGAGGUUGGCAGAGGAGACAUAUAUAUAUAUAUAUAUAUACAUACAUACAUAUAUAUAUAUAUAUAUAUAUAUAUAUAUAUAUAUACAUAUGUAUAUAUAUAUAUAUAUAUAUAUAUAUAUACAUAUACAUACAUAUAUAUAUAUAUAUGUAUAUAUAUAUAUAUAUAUAUAUAUAUAUAUAUAUAUAUAUAUGUAUGUAUAUAUAUAUAUAUAGUAGUGCACUUAAUCACUGGUAUAGAUAAUGUUAUCAGCCCGAUAAUCAAACAGGGUUAAUGCUUGAUUAACGCCUUAGUAUCACAUGGGGAAGUGAAGUAUGUUAGCAUGCAGUCACGUGACAUCUGCUCACGUACGUCACAGAGACAGAGGUACAUCAGCUGUGAUGGUGUUUUUCUACCUCAAUAAUGAGCAGGAUGGUUAUUUUCAUCAUAAUUCAGUGAAGGUUUGUUUGAGUCUCUUCUCCUUCGUAGAUUUUUCUGCUGCAGUUGUUUGUCCGUCCGCUCUGCUCUCCAGUUCGCUCUCUCCAUAUUCAGGGUUUGUUUGGAGUAGCAGAAAGCUGUGACAGUGAAUAUGAAUGAGGAGGUGAACACAGAGCUGCACUUUGUGUUGACUGGAGUCGGGGUCAGCUGACCGCGUCUGUUGAAGUCUAAUGGAAGUAAUGCAGCUCUUUAUAUUCGCAGGGUGACAUCAGCUGUGACAUCGGCCCUGCUCUCCAGGGCAAGAAUGAUCCUUUUCUCAUCCUGUUCAACACAAUGAAACAACCGAACACACACACACACACACACACACACACACACACUCCUCCAGAGACACAACCCCCCAGACCAACACUAACACACACAUUUGUCAUCUGUCAGUCAUUCGUAGAGCGUCUAUCGUAAACCAAACAACCAACCCACCACCUGACCACCUCUUCUCUUUUGUUGUUUUUUCAGAGCUCUUCCAUCUUUGGAGUCUCCUCAACUCGAGUUUCACACUCCGACUCAGGAGAUAGAUGCUCCUCUGAGGCAGGAGGAGAGCCCACCACCACCACCACCUCCACCGGAGAAAGAGACAGAGACUACACCUACGCUUAGACUGAAGAAGCCGGUGGAUCUUCCUGAACCUUUACAGAAGACCACAGAUCUUCCAGAGCUAAAACCGAGCACAAAGGAAACUUUCCCAGGAGUAAGCGAGACCGCGAAGAAAGACGAAGAGCCUCAGGAGGAGUUUGAAAAGCCAAAACAGAUCACUAAAGUAGAGCUCUCGGAGGACAUAAGGAAAUUCCAGCUCUCAAAGUCAUCCGAGAGGGAAGAAGAGCCUCCAAAGGACCUUCAGGAACCAAAACAGAGCACACAAGAAACUUUCCAGAUAGAGACAAAGAACGUAGAAGAAGAAGAGCCUCCAGAAAAGUUUUCAGAACCAAAACUGAGCACAAAAGUAGAGCUCUCAGAGGACAUAAGGAAAUUCCAGCUCUCAGUAUCUUCCAAGAGAGAAGAAGAACCUCCAGAGAACUUCCAAGAACCAAAACAGAGCACAAAAGAAGCAGAGAAAGAAGAGCUCUCUGAGAAAGAAGAGCCUCUACAGGACCUCCAGGAACCAAAACAGGGCGCAGAAGAAGCUUUCCAAGCAGAAGCAAAGAGAGCAGAACUCGAGACAGAAGAGUUUCCAGAACCAAAACAGAGCACAAACGUCGAGCUCUCGAUCCAGAGAGAAGACCAGGCUCAGAAGGAGCUUUCAGAUCAAACACAGAGCACAAACAUCGAGCUCUCAGAACAAACCAAGAAAGGAGAAGAACCUCAACAAGAGCUCCAGGAACCAAAAACAGAGCAGGAACCUUCUCCUCAAACAGUGCAGAAGACCUUUGAGGUAGCUGAAGCAGCAAAAAGCACAAAAGAGUUCCCAGAUCCAACAAAGCACGAGGAACCAGAACCAGUUAAGACCACAUCUGAACACCAAGAGCCGGAGAGGGAUCUGAUCAGGGAGCUUCCUGUGGAAAAACCAGCAGAGAUCCCACCUGAGGAGCCCACCUGGAAACCUGAGGAACCUGCAGUGACCCAGACAGUCCAGGACCGUGCUUCAGAGUUUGAAGACAGCGAGUAAGUGUCUUUUUAAAGUUCUUGGUUCAGAUUAUCAGGUCGAAGGUUUUCUGGUUUUAGUCUUUGAUGAACGUCGGUAAAGAUCACGCUCGAAUGAAAUCUUGUUCACAGUAAAUGAGGAGUGACUCAGCAUCCUGUCUCUCUCUCUCUCUCUCUGUCAAUGUUUGAGUCAUGUGACCUGGGUCAUGAACCCACGUCUACAGUUUCCAGUGAAACCUACAAGUACCUACCUGAGUAAACUGACGGUUAUAUUUCCUCUUCUCGUUGCCAAGAGUCUGUCUUUCUUUCCUCGUGGUCCCGGUCUGAUCCUCUGUUGUCUUCAAUGUCAGGACUGAAGCUUUAAAGUAAUGAGAACAACAGGUUUGUAGGGAGACCGCUUAUUAUGUGGUCGACUGGUUUUCCGACAGCAAACCAGACAUCACAGCGACCGCUUAGAUCUGAUAGUUCCCUUUUAAAAGUGUCCAAGCGUUUCCAUCUCAGGUGGCUGCAGCUCAUCUGUAAAAGGGAGAGGCGUCGGCGUCGGGGACACGCUCUUCACAGCUCAGCGGCUCUGCUGUCACACAUUUAAAAUAGAUUACCCUGCGCUCAGGAGAGUCCGCUUGGUGGCUUUGUUUGGUUCCCCGACACCUUCAGGGCGUCUGGAUGGUUGUUGCUGUCUGCAGCGGUUUCACAGUUUGGACGCCAUGAAUGAGGAAGAGUCUCAUAGAUUUGUAGUGGUUGGUAUCAGCAGUGAACCCUUCACGCUGUUAAAACUGCUGACUAGCUUAAAUACACACAGUAGAGGAGGGAGGGUGGCGUUCAGUUUAAACAGUCCGUGUUUAUCCAACAGCUUCAGCCUGACUAAGUUUUUAGCAGAGGUGGCAAAAGGACACAGUAUUUCUCCUGAAGUACAGAUCCUCCUGUAAAAUAGAUCCUGAGGAAGGUUUUCACCAGCGGAUUUAUUAAACUAAAAUCAGUUUACCCAAACACUUUCCACCAACAUGAAAAUCAGAAAGACCCUAAUAUCCUCCCUCCCUGAUUUCUUCCCUCCACUGAUAAUCUUGAAAUAUCUUCACACUGUUGGAUUUGCUAAGAAGUCCUUUAUUUUUAACUAAUUCAGGUUGGAAAUUAAAAUAAAUUCUAUUGUUGGGAUUUAGACAGUCUGCAGUAUCACAGCCUAACCUGAUAUUGACUCUCAGGCCGAGCAUCACAGUACAAACUAGAACCAUCAUGCCUGCUUUGCUUGUUUACACAUUUGGCACAAGAGAUAAUCACGUCCUGAUCAGCUGAUCCUAACUCGUUGGAUGAAUUUGUGACAUGUUAGACAAAUUUAGGGCUGUCCCAUUAAAACUUUUUUACUUCCGAUAUGAUACCGAUAUUGUUGCCUUCAGUAACGGCCGAUACCGAUAUUGAUCUGAAAUUGGCACAAGCUUGUGCAUGAUAAGUUUUUCACUCAGCUGCAGCAGCUUUUUCGGACUUUAACGAAAAAUACAGCCGACAUCACUCCUACUCCUUGCUACUUUGUUUGUACCUGAUGCUGCGUUUAAGUUACUUCGGAAGUCAGAUGUCGGAGCUGGGUAUGACAUCACACCUGAGUUACCAGCGUUUCAGUUACCAAAGUGGAAAAAAGCAAAAUCGGAUGCGGAAGCAAGAUGGCUACUUCUAUAACAGUAAUUUUAGCGUUUGCCUUGUCCGAUAAAAUAGCUAAAAUAACUUUCGUACGCUCUUUCGUAACUCAAACGCAGCAUUAGUACACACUGUUGUUGUGAUCACGUUGACUCUGCACGCUGGAUCCGGGCGUUGUGAGCUAGAAAUGCUGGAGUGGAGUCUGGAAUGGACUGCUUGUAUCAAAGUGCUGAUAUGGGAGAUUUUAGAUGCAGGCUGAUAUAAUUCGAUAUUUCUUUUUUGGCUAAUAUCAAACCGAUAUCUGAUUGGGACAUCCUUAUUAGACAUUUUUAAGGCUCAUUAAAAAGCAGUGAUGAUAAUUCCCAAACUCCAGGUUUUAUUUCCUGAUCAAGCCUGAACAGCAUCUGAAAUCACCAUGGUGACACAUGCUGAUUUAGACAUGAGUGUACAGUUGCACAGUGUACGCCUGGCCUAUAAUGAGUCGCCCAGUUAAAGAGUUUGAGUUGACUCUGGCACCCUCUGUGGAUGAGGAGGAAUAACUUCUGUCUUUGCAUAUCCAGUGUUUUUGACAACUCCAGUAUCUUUUAAUUCACAGUGAAUAAUGACGGAGGAAAGUAAAGGCAGUGUAUUAGAUUUUAUAUGACCAGCUUCAGCUCUAAACAUGCAUCUUAGUACAAAAAACUGAAAUGUAGGUGUUUUUUUAAUGUCAUAUUUGUCUCCUACGUUAGUUAAAUCCUCGCCGCUCAUUUCUUGUCACUCGGCGUCAUCUUUUGUUAUCUCUGUAUUCGUCACUCUCUCUCCUGCCGUUUGUUGCACGCCCAGAAGCCGUGAUCCCCACAUGCCUCAGUAGCACUUGCCGCCUGUCAGUCACAACACAUGUGCCAUCACUGCUGUCGGGACGUAAAAGUUUGUCUGAGCAGGAGGGAGGAGGAGGAGGAGGAGGAGUGACAGUCGUUCUUCCGCUGUAGGUUUCAUCUAUAGAUUAAGUUACACUCGAGUACUCGGUGCGGUCGGCGCAGAAUGAGCAGCAUGUGAGUGUGUGUGUGUGUGAGGGAGUGUGUACAUGUGUUUUUCUCCCCGCCCCCCUCAGAGGCCGUCCUAGCUGUCAGUCCUGCUCUGUGAACUGAAGCCUGUAGUCGGAGGAAUUCUGAAGUCAUCCACACGGAGCAGACAGACAGAGUGGAACAAAAGCCAGAGUUCAGGGAAACACCGGAGCAUGUGCUGCGGGCGGCGUGAGCGUGUGUGAGCGUGUGUGUGUGUGACAGAGUCCGUGAGAGUCACACACACUGAGCAGGACAGACAGACUGGAACCUACAGUUAAUUCCUUCAGGGUUCUGGAGGACUAAGUCCAUCAUUGAGAGGUCUGAAGUCAUGUGAUGGAUUCCCUCUUGGCUCCUAUCUGGGUGAGUUGACAUGAAGUAGCUGUCCUAUAUAUUUUUCUGGAACUAGAGUAGGUGUUUAAGUCGCUCCAGGUGGACGCAGCAGAUGGUCAGUAGGUGACUGCUACUAAUUACGCUUCGCCUCUGCUGACCUCACCACGCGGGGGGAGGGAGAAGACGGAUACAGUAAGAGCAGCAGAGACAGGGAGCGGGGUUGUGAAAUGAUUGUACCCGUAGUUCAAAAAUGCUGCAGGUUCGAGCAUGCUCUGCCCUCCUACCUGAAGGAGAAGAAGAAGAGGGAGUCUGAUUGACGCUUUGGGUGAAGUCUCUGUUGUGGUUCAGCUCCUGGUUUACGACUGAUUGUAUGUUUAAGACCAAACCUGCGGGCGUGAAAAAUGACAAUGAUUUACUGUCACACACGUGGAUUAAAACUGUGUUUAUUUCACACUUUUUAAAAUGUAGACACAAGAAAAAUCAGUGUAGUAGUGUUCCAGUAAGAGGUCUGGUUUUGUUCAGUAAACUAACCCGUACUCCAAACACAUGAAGAGUUUUUAAAUCAAUGUUUUCUCAGUCUAAACGUCACAUUUACUCUCCUUACUAUGGCUGCACUACCUUUUCCUUUAGUCAGUGCACUUCCUGAUUGGCUGUCUAGUCCUUCCACAUGUGACGGUAAACAGUGUGUCUGCUGGGGUCCCAUGACACAUCAAGAUUUGAUUUGAUUUAACAGCUCCAAUAAUCUUCCUGGAGAGAAUAUGUCAGAUAAAUUUGUCUAGUUGUUCGAUGUUUCAGCUGCUUAAAUUUCCUCUGAGUCCAGAUUUUCUUCAAACAACCAGAAAAACUUUUUUUUUAUUUUGUGAUGACAAACAUUUUUUUGCUCCCACACACUCUCAGCCUUGAACCGUUCACGCAGAAUCAUUCUCACCCGUGUUUUUGGAGUAAAAAGACAGCAGGCUGUACUAUAGCCCACAUUGUACUGUAAAUAGACUGGUUGUCAUGGUGACUGUAGCUUCAUAUGAGUUUGCAGGAGCAAGUGGAGUGAGUAAUCCUACGUCUGCUCUUCAUUCAGCCAUAAUAGAGGAGGUUCGAGUGAAAAGUUCUUAGUGUGUGUGUGUGUGUGUGUGUGUGUGUGUGUGUGUGUGUGUGUGUGUGUGUGUGUGUGUGUGUGUUUAUGUGGGAUGUGUCCUGAUCCUGAACGUGUUUGUGUGUACAGUGUGAGGUAGCUGCUGGCUCCAGGGCUGAAGCGGUCCUCAGCCUGGACCUGCGAUCUUCCUCAUCCAGCUGUUUCCCGUAGAUUACACUAAAUGUGUGGACUUGGAGUUAAACAAACAGAUUUGUUAUCUGGACUUCAGUGGAAAAUUGAAGCUAAGUCGCCCCAGACUGAGACUGUUAAAAUCUGGUUCUGCUUUCUCAAAAACUGCUGAUGAGGUGCCGCUCAGUAACGCCCUGCUGGAAACCGACAAUAAAAACUGAACUGGAGCUCCUCCAGGUGUUAAUGCCAACAGUUAGACUGCACUGAGUUACUCAUAGGAGCGAAUGGGCUUUUAUUAAGAAGCAGCAUUACACACUUCAUAUGAGGAAGAAUCUGGGAAACUCCAGCUGUUGACCUGAGUGAGUCAGCUGACAUUAAACACAGCGCUCCAGUGUCCAGGUUCAUCUAACAACCAUGAUAACAUUAGAGUUUAUGAAAGGAAGUGAUAUCUAAUGGUUGUUUCUCAGCAGCAGGACUCUUCUCCUACAGAGACAUACUGAUGUAACUCUGUUGACUCUGAACAAGCCAGGUGGACCCUCUACUCUUUAAAACUGAGGAUGCAGCAUCUAUGACUUCCAGUUCUUCGUUGAAAGGACAUCUGGACUUACUUGAGACGUUUCGCCACGGUGAUCUCCACUCCAGAGUCCUGUCUGUUUUUAAUGCCCUGGAGAUCAGGACCAUCCAGUCCUGGUUUUAGUCCUUGUCCCCCUUUAGUUCAGAGAUCUCUCAUGAACUUUAUUCUGAAACUGUUGAACUGUUCGCUCACGCAGUCUCUUACAGAGUCCGGAACCUCUUCCAUCUUCCCUUCUGAGAGACUCACCCUGAAAUUUCCACCGCAUCUGUUAUGGCUCCGAUCCGCCUUCUGCCGCACGAUGGUUACCAUAAUGAGUUGUCUCUCUAAAGACAGACACAUAGACAUAUAAGCAGUAGAUUGUGUCCAUCCAGAGGAGGAAAUCUACUUCUAGACUUCUAGAAUCAGCAUCUCCUCAUCCAUGGUGUCAUCGGGGUGAAAUGACGUCUAAAAACCUUUCACUUGUUCGUCUCCGCCCGUUUGCAUGGUGUGAAAUACGAUCCUCCUGAAACACGGAGUGUUUUAUUUUGAAAAGAAGCCGGAUGUUUUAUUUUGUGUCUGUGCCCGACUUCCUUUCCAGCACGGGUUAAUCUGUGCUGAAUUUAUCCGCCAAUCGAAUCGACAUGUUAACUUGAAUGGAAACGAUCAGCUGCAAUCGGCGCAUACGACCUUUUAGUAGCCGUUCUGGAUGCGGUGGAAAUUGGGGGUUAGCCUCUCUGAAAUACACUUAAACUUUAUCGAUCAAAAAUUGUUAUUACCAACAUUUCACAUAAACUCUGAUGGACCUCAGACUGUGACUUUCCUCCUCUUUGAAAGCCUGAUCUGUGUUUUUCUUUUCGUGUCCAUCUCUGGAGGCUGUGGCAGAUCACUCAGACUGUGUUCGGAGACUUUCUAUUUCCAGGCUGCAUGAGCCAACUCAGCCGCAGAUGCUGACAUAUGUAAAGCUACGGCCUCAGUGAGGAUUUGUAAUGCAAGCAAAUAAAAAUUCAUGUAUGGAUGAUUCCUGGUCAUGCAGCCGUCCUGGACUGAGAAGAAGCAGAGCGAUGUUGUUGGUGGUAGACUGUAACCUGCCCUGCCCUGAAGAAAAGCACCCACCCUCAUUAAAUGCUAUUAGGCUCCGACUUUACUCGACAGCGAGGAGGGGGGAGUAAGAGACGAGCUGGAGGAGGAUUUGGAAAGUUCAGCUCAGCAGACAGCUGGCCUGAUGUUAGAGUUUGAGUGUUUUAGUUUUUUUGAAUGAACUUCAGCUGAUGGAGGUUUUUGUGGAGCCCUGAAGAGGCUGCAGGAGUAUUUUUAGAGCUCAACAGGAGGCAGACCCCAAGUGGGGAACAGCUGCAUGGGCGCCCGUGGCGUUGCCUGUCAGAUUAGAGAGGCUACCACUCCUGAUAAGAAGGGUCUGGACCACGGCCAAAUCCACUCCACCAGGUGGCCGCUGAUGACAGAGCCAGACGCCCUGAGACGGACAGGGAGACAGACUUUUUCACGGCUGAGGGUGAGCAGAAACAUGGACCAGGAGAUGAGAGAGGUUCCUGAUUUAGUCCUAGGAUGGUGGGAGUGAGUUUUUUAUUCUUUAAGUCUCUGCUCGUUCUGGGUGAGGGUGCGGAGCAGAGUCCGUCUUUCUCUGCGUUGGGGUGAGUCUCGGUCCUCAGAGGUUUUUCUCAACGGUUGUACUCGGUGUUCUUGUUUCUGUCCGUGUGUUGAUGUUCUGUGUUCCCUCCCUCCUGCAGGCCCUCCCUCACUGAGCAGGCAGAGAGAGGUGACCGUGCCCCUGCCUCCCCCCCACCUCCGACCUCAGACUCCUGCUUCCUGCCCGCCCUCCCACCUCACCUCCAAGUCGGCGCUGAGUUCCCCACUCCUCCUCCCACACCCCCUGAGAGGCGCACGCUUGAGAACCUACCAACCCCACCUGCAUCCCCCUCCUCACCUCCUCCUCCUCCUCCCCCAGCCCCUGCCUCCCCUCCUCUACCUUCUGCUCGCCAGUUUGAGGACCACCUCCCUGCCUCUGCACCCUGCAAACCCCCUCAAAGGUAUGACAGUUUUGUUGUUAAAAAUGUGUUUUCACUCUGAAGCCGUCUUCUUCAUCUUCUUCUUCUUUUCUUUGUCGGUCAGAGCUCACAGACCUCACAGUCGAUUUGUCUUGUGCUGCUGACACUAGUCUCUUUAGCCUCCUUGAUGAAAAGUGGUCAUGUCCUUAUCCUUUCAACCCCAGAUCAGUCAAAUUAGGGCAUUAAGUCGACAUCUGGCACACUGACACACCGUUUAGAUGUCGAUUCACAGAGCUUCACUAAACCCUGAUCAUCCACGUAGUUCCCUUAUUUCACCUCAAAUCUAAGUUUUUGCUCUUUUAACAGAAUUUUUUUAGUAUUUGUGUUAAAUUGUAAAUCUGUAAAAAAAAGCUGAUAAAGCUACGGUUAAGUUUAGGCAAUUAGACAACUUAGUGAAUAAAACUUCUGAAAAAUUUAGGACUGCUUGCCCUCAAAUUUUCAGAAUUGCCCAUAAAGACUGAGAUUUUCCCUGUUGAAACUGGAGGUGUAGAAAAAUGUUGAAAGUAGCUUCAUUAUUACCUGCACAAAAAUCACACUGAUUGUUUGGUAUCUACAUCAUUUACCCCUCUUUAACUUCAUAAAGACAUCUGCUCUUUAUGACUUCUUCCAGAUAUUUUUAAGUGGGAUGUCAGUAAAGUCAGGGUAAAAUAUUUCAGCUUUUGCUUUCAUGGAGGUGACUUUAAGAAAACAAGAGCUGCUGCUGAUUGGUCCAAGAGUGGUCUCUUAUUCGUAUUAUCUGCCCCUGGUAUCUUCUUGUGUUGUACUCUGAGCUGAUUUCUCCUGUUUUGUGUCUCAUUGUGACCGAGAUGAGCCGUCAGCAUCUCCACUCUCUGCUGCACUGAGCUGCACUGUGCACUCUCAUCCUGACAGAGUUAAAUUCUAUAUACAUUAAGGAUGAGAAUUCAAAGUAUUCUCCUUGAGAAAUCAGUUCAAAUCAGUUUGUGAUUACAGCAACAAACUGGAUAUAACUGACUGUAAUGCAAAGCUGGAGAACAUAUAGACGUGUUAAGUUGUUUAACACCCUCAAUAUAUCACCAUCUGGAUCAGUCUCAUGAAAAUAACCUCUGUGGACAUAAAUAUAUAUAUUCAUGCAGCACAAGGAUCAAACUACUAAAUAAAAAGUAGCUUUAAUCAAACACAAACAUAAUAUUUCACUUAUUUCAGUUUUCUGAGUCAUUUUCGUCAUUGAGGAAAAUAAGCUCGCCCACAUGGACGGUGACAGUCGAGAGCGCAACUGGGUCACAACCGGUCUGGGGACAGAUAACCUACAAUCUGGAGGCCCUGAUGUUGCUGGUAUGCACACCAGAUACUCCUGAGCCAGCUUUGCCAGUCCUGGAAAUCUCCCAGCAUGCUCUGUAAAAAAGCUCUUGACCUUUGCAUCUGUUUAGUUCGUGAUCGUGAUUGCUCCUCAGUUGCUCAAUACUCGUUAUACAUUACUGAUCCACACUUAAGUGAUGAGCUUAACGGAGAGGAAUGCUUCCUACCAGUUUAUUUUGGAGUUGGUUUAUAACAGAUGGGACUAAAAAAUCAUGAUUUAUAUGCUCCUUUCUUCCUGGACCAAGUCAGCAAAAAGCAGUUUUUCUGAAGAGGCAUAAAAAGAAGUCAGCAGCACAGAUGGUCCCGUUUGCUUUUGUAGGUCAUAUAGAGGAGUGUGUAUAAAUUUAGCCUGUGUUAAAAACCCUCACAGGAGCUUUAAUUCUGUGUGCAGAUCCUUUAUAUUACGCGCAGCAUGAUUCAAAAUAAACCCCGAGGAACUUUUGAGCAAACCACGUCAUAAAAUUACAGACGAACUCUGCUGUUUGUUAAUGUAUGAAGGAGCUGCUCAUGGAAACUCCUCUGUAAACUGUGUAAUUGUGGCUAUAGGAGGAGAGUCAGAGUCCAAUCUGGAUCUUUUCUGAGCACUUCCACUCCACUUUAUUUCACUAUUAACACAGCUCGUCUCUUCAUACCCACUCAGAGUAUUAAUGACCAUUUUAGUGAACCUGAUCUGAGUGUGUAGCACCCUUCUGUCGGCACAAACACACUGACUUUCAUUCAUAACUCUCCUCAUUGUUUAACCAUCAGGGCAGGGUCCUCUCUCCUCCCACGUCGCUCCUCUGGAGUCCUCCUCGGAUUUGUAAUUUACCAGAAAGACUAUUAAAGAGGGAAUGACUCAGCCACUUUGACAGCGCGCUUCUCUUUACGGCCAGCAGGGGGAGUUUUCCCCUCACAGAGCCCAGAGUUCAUGUCCAGCCUGUGUCUGCUCUCUGCUGUCUGGAUGCAGCACAAGGAGACAAACCAGCGCUCAUAGUUUCCAACACGCAUCAAUGUUUUGACUUGAUGUUUGACUGAAAACUGGCCGACAUGACGGAGCGCCGCUCCUUCACUGAUGGAGUUGACUGUCUGAGUCUGCAGCUGCUGAAUCUGAAUGAGUCAUUCUCAUUUUAUGUUAAAAAAAUUAUAAAGUUUCUAACUGCACAGCCCUGUCUCAUUACAUUUAAAGAUUAUAACCUUUAUUUUGAUUUCAUAAAAUAGACCAAAUCUGAGGAUAUAAAAUUCACAACCGAUAUAAAGUCGUCUCUAAAACACGGUGGUCUGUUUGAAAAGACUCCAGGGUAUUUUUUAUAACCCUGUUUGUCUUCCUAAGUACCUCCCUCGCUCGGUGAACACCAGAGUUUUUAUAAGACGAGGCUCUCAUGGUGUUGUUUAUUAUUUAUGAUAUCAGAGAGGAGCGUUACAGAGAUCCAGAGAGGGCAGAGACGUUUACUGAAUAUUAGGACUGAGUGACACAGCUGGUCCUGAAAUACAGGGAUUUAUACCAUCACACCUGCAGAUAGGACAGUAUGAAGUAUUUAUAGGAAGAGUAUAUUCAGUUUAAAAACACUAAAACCUCCAAUAUUAACUCCUAACACUCACAGUCCUAACGUCGAUACCUGAUGUGUGUAUUUUUCCACCUCUUCUACUCUGAAAACAGUGAAUCUGCGGAGCGGCUCCCUCACGUUUUACUCUCCUGAAGAGUCCCUGAUGGUUAAAAAUGAAAAAGUGAUUCCCCUGAAACUUCAGCUUUAAUCAGCGGCUCAGGACUCCUUCAUUCUUAAAGUGCAGCUGGAUUUGAACAUUCAGUGGAGACGGUCUGAGUAAGAUUAAAAUCUUACUAUAAAUAAAACUUUAAUGGCAUCAGGACACGUGUGCAGGUCGGACUCUUUUUAGUGACGUGCAUAUCGCUGCUCUUACAAGGAGAGAUGAAAUGCGUCUGAAUGAAACAUGUUUAGAGAACAUAUUUCUGAAAACGCAGACAGGAGAAGUCUGUUUUUUCAGACACAGCCCGAGGAAAUUGAUCCCACGAGUGAUAGUUUAUGAGAGCAGUUCAUCUUUUCUCCGACUCCUCCCUCCCUGAUCUGCAGAGCCGGUUCAAUAACACACAAGAUGCAUUUAGAUAGUUCCACCUCGGGGUGAAUGUUAUCCUUUUUAAUGCACACACAAAUCAGUCAGAGGCCCUUUAAUCCUAACUGUGUCAUCAUCAGGGAUGUUUGUCUGCAGCUGCAGCAUCAAUUCCAGCUUCUCUGGAGCGUCUGAAUGAGUGUGAGCGAGAAUUAAACAUCAUUCAAAUUCAGCUUUUUAAUCAGUUUCUGUUGAAUCAGCUGCAGGAAGUCAUUCAUUUGGUUUUAUCACCUGCUCAGUCUGGUAAAUUUUCUAAGACGCCCCUCAGGAGGUUUUUGUGUUGAUGAGUUUCUGUCUUUGUGCUCCUCCCACCCUCAGGGUUGUGUUUUCGUUGGUUAGUGCCAAAUUCUGCUCAGAUUUCUUUAGUAUUUAGUUUCAUGAUGCAAAGAGAGGGUGCAGCACUUUUACAGGACUCUUCCAGUAUGAAGCAGAACUGUAAAUGAACACAGAGGAUGUCUGUUUUGCAGACACAGCCUGAGGAAAUUGAUCUGAGUUACUCCUGAUGCUUUAUGGGAAGGUGCAGCCAAGUGUGGUCGAGCAGCAGUUUAGGUUUUAUUGCAAACUGCAGUUUACAUCAUCUUCAGGAAUCCAUGUAAGCACGAUGAAUUCAGCAUCUGCGCUCCUAAAAAACCUGUUUUUAUAACUGAUUCAGGUGAAGCUGCAGGACUCCUUUAUCACCUACAGAGAGAGCUCCUUAUAAACUGUUCAACCCGAGUUUGUGAUCCUGUCCUCAAGAUUAUUAGAGUCUAUAAGAGACAUGAUGAGUAUGCAGUUUAUCCACCUCGGUUUAUUUGAGUUCAGCAGUUUUGGAGAGGAUAACAUUUCAGCUCAAACCGGUUUGACAAAGACGGCUCACAUUUCUACUCCACACUCCUGUUUCUGCUUUAAACAAGAUGUUAAUGUUUCUAAGAUGGAGCAUCUUUCAUUAACAAUAUCACAAAUGGACUUUUUUAAACCGGGCUGCACCAGCGUUGGAGAACUGAAACACCACAUUCAUAAUGUGUGUGAGUAUUUAAGACAAAGUGCACAGGUGACCGAUGAAACUCUGAUGAUUUAAUAAUCGGCUUAAAUCCCCUCAGAGGAGCUGCAGGCGUCAAUCUGAGCCCAUAAAAACAAAAGUCAGAGUCUGCAGAAAAACAUUCACUUCUCAAUGAAGGACGUUGGAUUAGCAUGAAUGUAAAUAUGACAGAAACCGGCCGAGAAUAAAGAAGACUUCACGUUGACUCUGCAGCAGCAGCGGUGGCGGCGGCGGUGGAGAGUGACCCUGAUUCCUCCAGAGCGCUGUUAUGAAUCUUUAAGUAAACUGCCAACGCCAUAUCUUCCACUGCAUGAGUUUGUUGAAUUUUUCAUUCCUCCAUUUUCUUCAGCCUACAGCUGAAAGCAGAGAGCAGAGCCGGCUCUUAAAGAACCCUGAGAGGAUGUUUAUUUCACUCGUUCAGAACAAUAGGAGGUUCACAAACACGCGCUCUGCUGCCCCACAUACAUCUCUGAACCAGAGACCAGGGUCUGCGCGGGGUUACCGAUCAAUAUUAGUGCUUUAGCAGGGGGUCUGUGAGUGGGUUACAUUUUUACAUGUCCCCUCAGGCUGGGAAACAUCGACCACAUCGAUAUUCAUCAGUUAAUGGACUCCACGUUUACACCCAAACACUCUGGUGUUCGGAGGGACACAGACUCUGGGUUUCUGUGUCCUUUUGUUCAGUCGGUCUUUUCAGGGAUUCGACACCUGAAACCUGUAAAUCUGAGUGAACAGAGGCGCUGCAGGCUGGUUUCACUGUUGUAGUUUCCUGCUUUCCUCACUUUCCCAUGAGCGUACAAUAGAGUUAUUCUUCUCAUAUUUCCACAGCGCCUGAUCCUGCCUCAGUGACCAUCCCGCUGCAGGACAGUUUCACCGACUGUGUCACACGUGGUCAGACCGAGUAUCAUCUCCGCCGCUGCUGCUGCUGCUCUUACUGUCUUUGUUGCAGGUCAUGGUUUGAUGAGAGUGCCAGUAAAUUAGAUCAGCAGCUGAGUCUGCGGCCGGCCCGGGGAUUCAGCAGAGGCAGUUUUCAUUAAGAAAUGUGGGCGCUCUGAUGUCAGGAAGCAUACGUCCCUGUCUCUGCAGCUCAGAGUGACCCGUCUGUGAUGAUGAUUCAGUUUGAUUUUAUUGUUUUUUCAUGUGAAGAUAAUACUCCAGCACAGACAAAUAACCCUAACAUUAAAAUACACUCUCAGAUUACAAAUAGAGCCACACCUGGGAGAUACUUCAGGACACUCCAGCUGCUCUAAUCGGCAUGAGUCACAAGUACCCCCCAAUUAGACCGUCUGUUUAAGAGAUUAGAUUAAUGGUCUCUGCUCUGCUCGGCCAAUACCGUCACUGCAGUGCAGAGGUGCGGCACACAUGCCAACAAAAUCCUGCUGCAAAGUUUGACAAGAGCUCAAAGUACCAGGAUGUUAGAAGAUGAUCAGAACUGUUCCAGUCUGAGCCUCUCGGGUUUUUCAUGUCUUAUUUUUAAGACUCGGUCAAACAACCAUGCAGCAGGUUUAAUCUUCAUCUACGGGGGCUUUGGUUCGACGCUGUGACUCAAGAAGACUCGUUACCAAGUCAUUUAUGUUCAACCAUGGAUGAGAAUUGAUAAGAUUUUAUUGAUAUUGAUGCCAUUAUUGAUUCUGAAUAUCGAUUCAAUUCUUUAACGAUUCCCUUAUCAAUGCCGCUGAUAAAAAAAAAAAGUAGACGAUAGGUUUUUACCGUUAAUUCAAAAUUUUAUUGAGACUGUGAUAACUGAAGAAGAUGUAUGCCACACUUUCAGCCUACUUUUCGUACCGUCUGCCAUGUUUUUUCCCUCAAAGUCUCUGUUUCGGUUCCCGUAGACCGCCUCUUGAGAGACCGUUUUUCAAGGCGCGGGGAAGAAGGGAAUCAUUACGAUAAAAUGUAAAUGAUGUUGAUGGAAUGAACCGUUUUGAUUUCCAUCCCUGUUUACAACUGCGCUGCUUCAAUUAACCCAUGAUGCUUUAUUAAUUGGAGGGUAUUCAGUUUGUUUUAACUGUCCUUCUAUCUUUUUGGUAAUUUAUAUCCUGAUUUAUUCCCCGUCUCAGUUACACAGUAGUGUUGCUCUGUGUUUUCCUUAAUCUAUUUUUUUCUUUUUAUAGAUUAUCUUAUUUCGUUAAAGCCUUUCACAUAUCCUACUCGUGAGUGAGGAUAAUCUCCCAGUUGACAUUUUUAGUGUCUUUGCUAAAGCGUACAAGACUGUAUCAUCUGCAAACAGCUAACAGACAGCCUACUGACAGCUUUUAUUAUUAUUAUUUCAUUUAUAAAAAGGGUGAAAACUGGAGAGCCCAACACUGAGACUUCAUGAGCAAAUACUUAAAAAACUGUAAACAGUUCUGGUCACAUUCUUUAAUAAAACAACAACAAAGAUUUGAUGGAGUUGAAGGUUUUGGAGGAUUCGUCUUCUCUGUUGUGUAAAUUCACGCUGGUGCAGAGCUCCUUUCUAAGUUGCUUGAAUGAAAGAGGAUAUAAUAGGGUCAGAGUUGAAUAAUGCACACACACACACACACACACAUAGUUUUCCCAGAGUCUAUUGUUUACUUCAGGCAUCACUCUGGUUGGCUACGCUGAAGGCUGGAAGCUUCCAUUGUGUGAAAAGGAGGCGCAGAAAUGACAGUGUCACUCAGCCGGGAGGAGAGGAAAGAGAGGGAGGAAACGGAGACGGAGACCGACGGGCUGAAGGAGAAAACCUCUGUGAGAUGUUGGCGUUUCAGGGGUCUGCCAUUGUUUAGCUCCCCUGCAUAGUGGCGAGAAAAGCUGCUUGUCUUUUUAAAGGCGCCGGGGGCUGGAGUCAGGGGAGAGAGUGAAGGGGAGAGAGGGGGGAGGAGGCAGCAGCAACACAGCUCAGCGAUAUCAGAGAGGAGGACCUCACAGACUCGUGCACGGCAGCAAGAAAGCAGGAUUAUUGUUUCAUCCUGUUUGUUUUGGAUUAUUCGCUCUGUGACAUUCGCUCCUCUUGGGUUACGUCUUAUUUUGUCGGUGCUCCACAUGAGGAGCAGGAAUAUUCACGGUCUGCAGAGGAGCAGAGGCUGAGGAUGCAGAGCACAGAGUCAGGAGCCUCUUAAUCAUCCGCCGCCGCUCUGCUCCUGAUGCGAGCAGGAGUCGCUCAUCCUCUGCACUGCAGCACAGAGAGCUCCGCCGCCGCCGCCGCCGCUGCUGCUCGCUCCGUCUGGCACACGCUGCCAACCUCGUCUGCAAGGACCGGAGCGAGAGAGGGGAAGGUGUUUUCAGGGGGGGGAGCAGGUGGAUGUGGAGGGUGGCUGGAGAACAGCAGCAGGCAGGGGGGAAGGGGGGGGAAGAGCUAGCCGAGGAUGGGAGCCAACGAGUCCAUGGAGCAAGGACAGACCCCCUGUCCCUCUCAAGAACACAUGUGAGUCUAACUUCAGAUGAAACCCCGUCUGAAGGUUUGAUCUCUUUGUUUGGAACAGAGCUUUAAUCGGUCUGCGGUACAAUAUCAGUCUUCAUUUCUGUCUACAGUGUGAUGUUCUCUGCAGGUUACAUCCACUGAGUGUAACUAUGAGAGAGACUAUUGUUGCUUUUAUUGUUGCCAGGUGAUCAGCCUCUGUCAGACGCUGCUUUUCUCACCUCUCAGAGUUUUAAUUCCUUUCCUUCUCUCACGUCAUGAAUCCUUCUUUUAUUUACACGCUAACAUCAAGUGCUGCACACUGACCACGUUAUCCUUAUUGUUGUUGUUGUUUUUGUGAUGUAAAUAAGGAGGAGAGAGUCGGCGCAUGUGCAGACACGUGCGCUUCAUUAUGCCGAGGCUUUGUACGGCGCGUACGGGCGAAAACGUAAGAACCAGAAUUAGGCAACCAGUGCAGUAGGUGCCGCUGGGAGGCUGGGAGGCUGUGAGGCUGGGAGGCUGGUGGGGUGAUGUUUUUGUUCUGCGUGAAGGAGGACGUGAGAGCCGCUGAGGGAGCAGGAGCUGGUGACGGUGUAGAAAUAGAACACGCUGUGAGGGGGUGGAGGAGGACGAGGAGAAGAAGUUAGAGUCAGAGAGAGGAGGAAGAGUGCUCCACUUUACUGUGUUUUAUUUAUAUCUCAGACACGCCGCUGCACAGGGGAACGAGGACCGGGGGAGAAACAGAGGGAGGGAGGGGGGAGGAGGAGUGUUUGAGCCUCCUGUAAUGUAGGAAUAAAUGAUUUAUUACAUCGUACAGUUUUUUUUAUUUAUUAAAGUCUGUCCACAGAAGACUGAGGAUGUAGAUGAAAAUACCAGCUGCAGAGAGCAGACCUGGUUCUGCUGGGAGGUUGUGUAAGCGGUUUUCAUCCAGGUGUGGAGAGCACCUGAACCAUCACUAACAAGGACUGUGAGGCUCUAAACUGAGUCUGAAACAGAUUUUCAGGUUUUAGUCCUUAGAGUCAGAAUCAGAGUCCGGGUCGUGUUGUGGUGGAGUCCUCAGCAGUAAUCUGACUGAUCUCAGUGUCUGGACCUUCGGUUUGGACCCCCUCCUCUCUGCUGCUCUGACUCCAGACUUGACCCGGUGUUGUUUAAUGUGCCAUCUGCUCGCAGUUAAAGUCUCAGAUUAGGCCGGAUGAGGUAUUACUCCUGGAGAUUAUCUCAGUCUGACACUCUUUGUGUCCUCGCCGGCUUCUUUGUUUUGGAUUUCCUCGACAAAGGGACGCGCAGCUCUCUGCUGAUUGAAGUUGACAUCAGUCUGGACUGAGAGGAGGACAUCUGCUCCAUCAGACAAACCCUCUCUGACUCCGUCUGUUUAUAUCUGAACCUGCAGAAAGGUGCAGAGUGAUCCUCCGUGAGUUUUCAUUUCCUGAGGUCGGAGCACAGAGCUGCUCCCUGUUCACCACAUCACAUCUGUGUCAAACUGCAGAGGCUCUUAUAAAAUGAAAAAAAAAGAAAAGGAUUUAGUGUUUUUCACAGUGUGUACAGUGUGUAUGAUGUAAUACUUCUUCAUCAUAAGUCAUCACAGAGAGAAGAGGACAGGAGCGCCCUCUGUUGGUUUGAUUCAGUCCACAUAGCUGAGGAUAAUAAUAAUACAUGUGCUUUUUAGUGUGUGAAUUUUGGAGAUGAGUGUUUGCGUUAAUGGAAAUCUUAAUAACUGUCUUUGAAUAUGCAGUUUAGUUCAUGUUCAUCAAAAAGAGUUUAAUAUUUACACACAACAAUCAUCUAUUCAGUGGUUUUACAGGGAGAGCAAACCUCUCCUCUGUUUCAUCUGUAGAGCAGUUUGCAGAGGCCCCACAUGAAUUCAUCUGAUGAAAAACUACAGUUCUUUGUUUUACCCAGAUUAGGGUUAUUCCCACCGAGCAUUUUAAAAGACGUUAAAUAGACGUCUAAUGAACGUCUGGGCUAAAAUCGGUCUAUUACUGGUCUAAAUAUGAAGGUUUUUUUUAGCCGUCUAAUAGACUAAACUAGACUGUACACUGACCAAGACUGUUAAAAAUGUUUGAAUCCUACAUUUGGCCAACAUUUAUACCACCUACAGUUUUUAAUUAAAUAUUUAAUAAUUAAUGGAUUAAAUUCUUUCGUCUAGAUUUGUGAUAAAAUACAGACCGAUUAUAGACGGGCGGAUUUCUGUCUAAGCCUCAGUGGGGUGUUACUCGUUUUUUUUGGUACACAACUUUACACUUCUCUUUUUUCAAAACAAACAAAAAUCAUAUUUUAUUUAUAACACUUCAUACGACGUUAUAUUGAAGUGUUGUGGUUUCUAAACUGCUAAACUGUUUCACUUACACUGAGAAAAAUACAGACCGAGCUUCUUUAUUUUCAUGUUUCUCAGACAGACAUGCAGCAGGUUAAUAAACAAACUCAUUAUGCAAACAGCUGAUCACAAAUCUGUCUAAUUAAAGAUGUAGGAUAUCCAAAUAUAGAUGUCUGCUGUCUGUUUGAAGAGAUAGAUGAUGAAUGGAUAAGAAGGGGGCGGGGUUAAAGGUAAAGAGAAAGAGAUGAUGGUUGUGUUUACACAGACGAGCUUAAAGAUGGAGCGAACACGCAGCAUCAAACCCACUGAGGCUAAUCACACCGCCAUCCCUCCAUUUAUCCCCCCAUCAGUUUUAUCCAAUCACAGCUCAUCGCUCCCGUACAGAGACGUCAUAGUCAGCUUUUAUCCUAAACAAAGAACUGAUGAGAAUCCAUGUUUGUGUUUUAAUGUCCUCAGAGGAGAACAGGUCAAAUAGAGACGGGGUUUGUUUUACGUGUCGGUGCAGCCCUGUUCCUCCUCCUCUCCCCUCCGCUCUGUGAAAGCUGUUCAGACAGUCGGGGUUGGACUCGGCUGAGGAGAGCUCAGACACGUCAGACUGUCUGAAUCGCAGCUUCUUCCUCUUCCUGCUGCUGCUUCACGCUGCAGAGUCUCUGUCUCCGGGCAGUCCUCUCAGCCUGAGAGACGCUGCUAAUAACCGCUGCUCUCUUUGUUUCUAUUCGCCCCCGGAUCCCGACUGCUCGCCCACACGCUGCUUCUCCUCUUUCGAGGUUUAGUCUGUAUCCAGGUAACACAAAAUCUGCCCAAGGUUUACACAUAUUUAAAGAGUCUAAACGCAGAAUAAACUAUAAAUUCCCCCUUUUUUUAAUCUAGACAUAUUCAUUUCCUGUCUGCAGGAUGAUGCUGAUGCAGCCGUCGAUUCCCCAUAAACCUUUAAUUUCUCCUCUCAUCAUAAAACACCUUCACUGCACCUCCUCGGUUUGUGUGUUUGUGUGUUUGUGUUGGAUUGUGUUGGAUUGUGUGCCUCCAGCCCCUCUGAUUUUCUUUUCCCCCUUGCAUCCAUCCUAGUGGAACAUAUGGCGGGAGCAACCUCUUGUUACCAUAGCAACACAGUGUUUGCAGUCACAUGAAAACCCUCCUCUGCAGGGAGACAGUCCAGGGCUGAAACAGGCGCUAAUCACCUCAUUGUUUCACCGUUUUCAGUUUAAUUACCUUGUUUUGUGAAAUUAGCAGUUUUUACACAUGAAGACAAAAUAUCCAGAGGGCGUAAUCCCCGAUAAUCCCUGAACCUCAACAAGGACAUUUGGAUAUAGGAGGUUUAUUCCUGAAUAUAUGCAUGAAUAAGGAAAACAAAGACGUACAAAAUAAAUCAUCCGAACAAAAGAAAACGACCAAAUCUGCAGCGUUAACAGCUGGAUAAGAAGUAUAAGUCUGCUUUAUAUUCCUCUUCAGUCUGACCAUCUGACACUAGGAUCCUGGUCCCAGUUACUGAUCCAGAUGGAUCUCCAGUCAGACCAGUCUGAUCCUGCUGGGACUCAGAGGUCCCUCACUGAGAUUACAGCUUCUCCACCAUGUGCUGCCGUCUGCUUUCGCACCAGAAAACCCUGAAAGUAACGGAGGUGAUUAAAAGGCUCCUGGAUUAAGGAUCCAUUAACCGUAAAGUUAGUGAACAUUUGUCACUUUGGAUCAUGAGUUAUUGAGUUUCCUCGACAGAACACGUCACAGACCUGGACCUGGAACAUCAUGUUGCAUCUGAACUUGCAUAUCUGCUGUCUCAUGGUGUCUCAGGGCCCUUAGGAGAGGAUUUCAGAGAGAGGAGAGAAAUCAGUGAUAACCACAGAUACAGGAGAGCAGCCUUUACUCAAGACACGCCCCCUGUGUCAAAUACCACUCUCUGAUUGGACGCUGUAGCACACUGGAUUUAAUUGAAACUCCAGUCAGUGAUCAGCUGGCACAAGAAGAAGAAGUCUUCACUUUCUCUUCCUCCCAUCUCUUCAGACAUCUCGAUCUGAGACGUAUUCAGGGUCUUAACUUUCAUAAUAAAGACCUGCGAUCUUAUUAACGGCUCACGUCUCAUGACUGUCACGGUCCAGCUCUUAUUUGAUCCAUGUCUGCUCGUAUCCGUGACAGAGCACCCUCACAGGAGGCAGGAAAGCCUGGAGUUGAUCCCUUUAGAUCGGCAGGAUCAAUAAGUCGUAUAGAUUUGCGGGUGUCACCUCACAGGGAAAUCCUCGUCUUCAUGCUCUUGGAUUUGAGACACAGUGGCCUUCUGUUACGGCAAACUGAAAUCUCUGCAAAAUCAGUUUAACUCCGUCUUUAUCAAUAUCUGUGAAAACAUCUUUGUUUGGAGACCCGGAUCUGGGUUAGUCUGGACCUUUUUAAACAGGAAGACUAUAAAUUAUUCAGUCUUUGGUCUUUAGAGCAUCAGAAAGUUUCAGAAAACCUUAUGACAGUUUCUUCAGUUUGCUUCUUUUUUAGACUUUUAUUGACAGCAAAAUAAAAAACUUCCUUCUUUGAAACGUCAAAAAGCUGCUCGAUGUUACACUCAGGAAUCUGCUCCCUGCAGUUUUUGACAUUUCUGCAGAAAAAAAUCUCAAAGGUUUUGAUUUUGAUUGAAAUACUCGUCCAGCUUUGUUCUCCUCUCAGCAGAUCGUCGCAGCUUUCAUCAAACUCGGUGCAGAUAGAAGUAAUGAGCAAGCUUUAUCAGGAGGAGAGGUUCGUCCAGAUCGUCUUUGUUGAUACAGCAAAGAUGCUCAGGAGCAGAAGAGGGAGGGAGGGAUAUGGAGAGAAGAGAGAGAGAGAGCGAGAGAGAGAGAGAAAAUGCAGGCGAGGCGAGGCGGUGGUCUUCUGCAGCCCGUCUCAUUUAGAUUGGGAGACAUCAGCUCCUGGCGGGGAGGAGUGGAGACCGACUGAUGUGGCUACAGCUGACAAAAGGAGCGACGUGAGAGGACUGAAGGUGUAGAUUAGAGACAAAAGGAGCUCGAUAGAGAGAAAAGGAGAGGAGGACUGAGAGGAGGUGGUGCGUCUACCUGUGUGUCAGGCGGCUAACGUGGUGCGGAGAGGUGCAGCCCACCGGCAGCCAUGGCAGUGAGUGCGUGGCAGGCUCUGUCUCCACUGCAGUGGGCUCGCUGGGGCUGGGACACUCUGCUGGGAGGGGCCGGAGACGGGGACAGUCCCAGUUCAGAUCCGACUCUGGGGCUGCUCCGGAGUCUCUCCUGGGGCUCGCGGCAUGACAACCUGAUCAGGGAGGCCGGGGAGCUGGUCAGACAGAGGUGAGACAGGAGGAGGCUGAGGCAGUUAUUGAUAAUAACCGAUCAAUAGAGCCUGGAGGCUGAACGUCAGGUUAUCUGGUGAGCUGGCUUUGUGUGAAUAUGUGUGAAGGAGAAAAAUCAAUAUUUCUUUUUCUGAGGAGGAGAAUAACCACUAACACAGUUCUGCUUUCUUCGUGUGUUCAGUCUACUGUCGAGGAGAAAUCAGUCCGAUCUUUGUUCCCGAUCUUUGUUCCCGAUCUUUGUUCCCGUCUUCGUUUCACUUUUUCUUUGUCAGAUCCAGAGGUGGUCUUGUGUGUAGAUAGGUUUGGCUCGUGUGUGUUGAGGUGGGGUCAUUAUGUGUCUCAGAUGUGCAAUUAUCUGUCGCUUCACUGCAGAUUCAGCGUUUUCAUUUGAAGCCAUAAGGUCCAUAAAACUGCUCUGCAACACAAGCUAACCCGGAGCGAGCGGCGUAUUAAAACUGCUAACAUGAGUGAUAACAGCAUGACGAUAAAGAAACUGCUGAUCAAAACUCUGUAAAGAGGUUUUAAAGACCUUUGAAUGAUAGAAGAAUUUAAAGAAAUGUAGAUUAUGGAGUUUAUAUAGUUCAUUACAGUCUGGAUGUUUGUUAUUAUGGGGUCACUUUGAUGAUCCAUGGAUCUCUGGUUAAUGCAACAGUGUUUGUACUCUUCAGGAGCUCCACUUUGGUUUGCAUUAACUAGAUAUGGACUCACUGAAGUCCAAGUGUGAUUACUCUCUGACAUCCAGUGAUCCCUCGUUAAUGUAACCGCUUCUGUUCCCAUCAAGAGUUCCAGUCUGGUUGCUUUCUCUGUUUCAUACUAUUCCAUUAAGUGUUGUUAUAAGGUGCAGAAUUUCCACAGUAAUUUUGUUUACUUUCUGCCGUCCAGUGAUCCCUGGAUAAUGCAACUAUUUUUGCACUCUUCAUUAUUUCCAGUUUGGUUACUCUCUCCGUUUCAUACUUUUAUAUUCAAAGUCAAUGUGAUUUGCAUUUAUAUUUAGUCAGUGAAAAUGCAACAUUUCACUCUUCAGGAGUUCCACUUUGGUUGUUAUCUAUUUAUUUGUACUCCAGCAGUCAGUCAGUGUCUGUAAUUAACCUCUUAAUGAUGUCAGCCCUCGUUGGAACAUGACAUCCAAAAAAACUGUGUCUGAAUUUGAAGUGCUCUCUUUGUCACAUAUUUAUGUGUUUUGUUCAGAUUGAUUUUUACGUAAUAGCCCUUUUUUAAAGAAGUGGAUGCCUUAAACAAAGAAAAAACCUUUGAUGUGUCUCUACGUCUGUCCUGGACGUUCAGGUUUUUAAAGGACAAUCAGGGACACUAUAAGGAUUAGAGACUUUGAUACCGAUAUAACCCGGUUUCUUUUGAUUGGCACUUAUAGAUUCACACGGAGUCGAGGAUUAAACAUCACCGCUCAUUAGCUUGUUGUCACUGUGAUCGUUUUCGAUGUUGGUCAAACUGAAAACUGGACACAACAGGGUUUAAUAUUCGCUCCCCUUCGUUAGUGAAACCAACAGACCGUACAGAUACUUCCGUCUUUACACCAUAAACUUCAUGAAUACGGUGAAUUAAAAGUGAUCUUGUGUCUGAGCUCAUCCUCUCAUGACGUCAGUGUCAGUGAUCCGGAUUCAGUCCAGGAGAUAUCAGAGUGAUUCAGAGCCGCUUUGACUCAACGCCUCCUUAUUAUCCUCCUCUCUCACAGGAGCUCAGACUCGGAUGGAGCCUUUGAGACCCCUGAAUCCACGACUCCAGUGAAGGCAGCUUCUCCAACAGAGCCUCAACUCCAGCUGCUACCGUCUGAUGACAAAGGUAAAGUAAGAGCAUCCCAAAGAGUCAGAUUGUUGCACCAUCUAGUGGAAUAAAGAUGUACUUCUCACCUGGGGGGUUAUCUCUAGGAACAGGCUGACCAAUCAGCUCCGUCUGUCUUAUGUGGUCAUUUUUCUUGGCUCUCAGUCCCACUCUGAGACUCUGACUGAAUCAUUUAAAGCAGAUUUAUCUCUAUGAUUGCAGAAGUCGUCUGCAGCUGUUCUCUCUGCAGGAUCACACCUGAUAAAAUCUGAAAAUCCAGAUUCAGAUUUCUCUUCUUAAGCAGCUGCAUUAAAGCUCUUUCGUCUCUCUGUUUCUUCGCAGUAGCAGACGUCUCAGUCGCUGAUCCUGCCCCAGACUUAACCCCGGCAGACAGACCCUGCAGAUCCCCGUCUGUGGUGUUCGAUGAGGACAGACCCAUCGCAGCCAGCGGCACCUACAACUUUGAACUUUUGGCCUCGGAUUUAACGAGUCCGACUCUGACUCGAUCCCAGAGCCUCCAGGGAGGAGAACUCGACGGUGCAGACCUGCUCGACGGAUCGUCUGCGGGAGGUUUUCGUACACACUCAGAGUCCUUCAGCGUGGGCAGCGGGAGCGCUCCCGGGACCCUCCACAGACCGAAGAAAGUCCGUGCAGGCUCUUUGAAAAAGAAACCCCUCCUCAGACAGAACUCUAAUCCCGAGAGUCCCAGACCAGCAUCAUCCAGUAACACCCCUGAGGUCAACAGGAGGGCGAAGCCGCGGACCUCCAGCCCUCUUCAGGCUCCGGAGGAAGCAGACGGAGGAUCUGCAACCCAGAGCCCUGGAGGAACCCUCCGGAAGACCAGGAAGAGCCGGGUGGUGACCCCUCCUCCUCUGCCAGAGGAGACGAACAAUCCCGCUCUAGAGAAGAGCCUCGUCACGCCCGCCUUACCCCUGUGCCAGGAGGAGACCCCACUUCCUGGAAGCUCCCCGGGCCCAGAAGAAUCCCCCAUCCCCCCCAGCGGCGCCUACAAAUGGGAUCCAGAAAACUUUGAGAACAUCAACCCCUUCAAGACUGGAGGCAGUAAAAUAGCAAAUUCUCCAGUUCUGGGUCGUAAAGAUCCGGUCUUCGCCCCCAUUCCAGACUUUCCAGAAAGCCCCCCAGUCUGUGCCGUAGAGCCGAGCCCCCCGGUUCUCCCUCAAGAGCCGAUCACCAACCCAGAGGAGCAGCCCAUCCUCCCCAAACGUCAGCCGGUAAGGCUGGAGUUUGACUACUCUGAGGAGACCAGCGAGGCGCCGCAGCAGGCCUCUCCCCCACCCAAGAAGGUGGGCAAGAAGCCGGGCGCCAAGAUGCCUCUGAGGAAACCCAAACUGGGGCUGAAGAAGGCCCCCCCAGCUCAGACCGAGCAGCUGGACAACAACCCCCCGGAGUCUCAGAACGGGAACGAUGAGGAGAUCCCCAUCCACAAACCGUACAACUUUGAACCCGACAAAUGGGACGAUCCGAACUUUAACCCCUUCUCCUCCAAGAAAGGGAUCAGAAACUCGCCCAAACUGUCCAGACCCUCUUACACCUUUGACCCCGAUAGCUUCGAUGACUCUAUAGACCCCUUCAAAUCCUCCAACAAGAUGGCCAACUCCCCUCCCAAAGCCUCCGCCUCGUUCGAAGUGUCGACCAGUGACUUUGACAACGAGAACGAGAACGACAACAUCGCAGAACUGGAGGACCAGAACCAGAACAAACCGGCCAAGAAGAAGAAAACUCCCAUCAAAUCGUAAGUUGACGUUCGAUUUUUCACGUAGGAAGAUUUUCAUCCUUGUCGGUGAGUCUGUGUCUGUUCCUGGUCCUCUCGUCUACUGCCUUUUGUCUGUCUGUCUGUCACCUGUGUCUGUGUAUUCUCAUAUGUCACAGGAAGUCCAAGGGUGUGUCUUCUCUGUGUUGUCUCUUGUAAGUACAGGGACAACACAACCACCUUCACUUUCUAACCCCCUAACCUCCUCCUAUUAACACCAACCUUCACUCCCUUUAUACUCACGAUCACAUGAUCUAAUCCGGUUCAUUUUGAUUGGAGGAAACCUGCUUCUUCAGUUCUGUUUGAAGCUUUAUGUUGCAUACAAUAAUCUCGUCUGUCUAAGUGUUGAGUGUAAUGUCACCGUGGUGCAUUUAUAAUCUUAGAAACCUUUGAAAUUAAUGCAAAUGUCCAAAAAUUAUUCAAGCCUGUAUUUGAGAGGGAAGUGAAUCGUUGAUAUUCAUGUAUUCGGGCCGCACAAUCAGCUCAGUCUAAUCUGUGAUCGUGAUUUUGGGCGUGCUGCCGCCGAGUAAACAAGAUGGAUGGUGUUCGUGAUGUAGAAAACUGAACUGGUGAGGCUUGUCACCGAAACUAAGAGGGCAGACAAAAACAAAAGCAGCAGAGCAGGAUGAGAGCAGGUGUGUGUUAGUAAAGCAGAGGGACAGAGGGAGCAGUCCAGUCCAGUCUAGUCCAUAUACCAUAUGUCUCUGUCAGCAUCAGCGCUUCUGUGUUUCCAAACUUUUACUAACGGAGAAGGUGAUUCAAAUUAUUUCAUUAAAAAACAAACAGAAGUGAUUAAAACAUUUAAUGUGGAGAGCUGAGCCACAGACAGACCGAUUUAACCCCUGAUCUUUAUAAUAACUGUGAUAUUAAAUUAGUAAAAAUAGACCAGGUGUAAAGAUAGAUAUGAAUAUAUAGAUAUUAAGAUAUAAAUUCAGAUCCUCAGAGGUAGAAUCGACAGAUCUGAGCAGGAACAUAAACGAUGAUUUUAUUUUAUAUCAUACAAAAGAGGUCUUUAUUUGUCCUCUACAUGCAGGAAUAAUCUAUUCAUCAAAUCCACUUAUUAUAUGAGUCUGUAAAAGGAAGCGAAAACAAAAUCCCUCAGUGAGGCAGAGAGAGAGAGAGAGAGAGAGAGAGAGAGAGAGAGAGAGAGAGAGAGAGAGAGAGAGAGAGAGAGAGAGAGAGAGAGAGAGAGAGAGAGAGAGAGAGAGAGAGAGAGAGAGAGAGAGAGAGAGAGAGAGAUAUCAGGGUGAAACAAAGAAGGUUCUUGUCUCCCUCUAGUGGUCAUUACUGGUAUUUGUUAAACUCGAUGUAAAGGAACAUGGCUCAUAAGUCAUAAAUUGACCUUAAUUCGUCUCAUUUUCUUCUACAAUGCUGAAUUGAAGACUGAAGUAAACACGUGUACAGAUUAACCAGAUUCAUGUUUUACAUUCUGAAUUAAUCUGAAACAACAAACACAGUCAGAAAUAAAACACCUAAAAAAAAGUAAAUUCACACCUGAAAUAAAGAGUUAGGACAGGUAACUUUUCCAUCAUUUCCACAACAUUCAUGUCUAUAAAUCAUCUCCCUGUGGAUCUGUGUGUACGUUAAAACUUAAUAAUCGCUCACUCACGGUCUGGACUUUGCAGUUACUAACAAACCGGUUUAAUCCUCUUUCCAACAUUCCUCAGUUUCAUUCAUUUCAGCCUCACGUAGAGCGCAGUAAGUAGUCCCGUUAGAGAAACUGUAACUCUGAUUUAUGUCCAUGUUUGUCCUGAUUAAUGAUGUUCAGCAGAUAUCAGAGACCUGUGAGGAGAGUCUGGACCUCCAUGUCUGAGUCUGUCUCUCUUUUUCUCAGUAAUACUUUCAGAGUGAAGCGGUCGCCAAAGAAGUCUCCUCUGUCUGAAGUUUGUCAGGUCUGUACCUCCUCCUUCUUCUUCUUCUUCUCUGUAAACCUCUCACGGUCAGUCCGCCUCCAACUCUGACAACGCCGCCUCUUUUCUGCAGCAGGAGCCUCCGCCCACAGAUGAGCCGUCCUCUAUGCACACGCAGGACGACCACGCCACAGACGAGGAGAAGCUGGCCUCUUCCACGGGUCACAAGUGGAACCUGCACGACAUGGCGGCGGAGUUGGACUCAGACCAGCAGGACUUCCCUCAGCCGAGCGACCUCACGUCCUUCGUGAAUGAGAGUAACCUUCCUCACGAGGCUCCGGGUGAGGCUGCGGUUCUGCUCUAAGCUCCUCAGAUGUUUCGUUAUAAAAACAUGCUGGAUAUUGAUUUUGGAUCUGACCUAUUGACCCACUUAUCUGCUGCCCUUUGACCUCCAUCUGGGUCGGACAUGAAAAAGGGAAAGCAGGACUUUGACUCGAUCCUUGAACCCAUCCACCUGAGGCUCUAACGUCUCCUCUCUUUUGUGUUUGACAGCACAAGACUAUGAAAUCGAGUACAUGGAGAAGCUCGGCUCCUCUUCACCGGUGAGUUUUCUUAGCUUCAGUCCCACGCUCUCAUCUCUUAAACGUGUUAUUUUCAUAUUUUCAGGGUCGUCACGGUACCAGAGUUUACACUUUGAUUACUUCCACCAAAAAUAUUUGAUCCCAAUUUUAAAACCACGGGAACAAAUCAAACUCUAGGGCUCUCAGAAAGGUGAAUUUGAUCUGAUUUCACAAACUGUUUGUGCAGAAAAAGUCGGUGAAGACAGACCAACAUUUUAAAAACUUAGAGUCUUAAAGCUCCUAUAGGGGACUUUCAGUUUGUGUCACUGUUGUCGCCCCCCUGUGGACAAAGCUGUUUUUGCUAUUGAAAUUUUUCUGACAAAAAAAAAAAAAAAUCAUCCUACUGACGUUGGAUUGUUGAAUUUAUUGUGAAUAUUGAGUGAAAAUUGUAAAAUCAGGACUGUCUCUUUAGACCAUCUGUCACAAAAACACACGUGGAUCAUUUUUAACCUGCUCUGGUCCUUUUCAAAACUCCUAAAUAUCAAAACUGCAGCAACGAUAUCAUCUUAAAACACCUAGUGUAGGGCUGGGCGAUAAAAAAAUAAGGAUAUAUAUCAAAAGUUAAUUUCUCUCUAUAUUGAUAUGAAACACAGUCAGUAUUUUUUUCAAUAGUCGGCAUUCUGACAUGUUUUGUUUUGCAUGUAAAAUUUCAUUUAAAAGUAACGGGGAACAUUUAAGAUUGACAAGUGAUCUGUUUUAUAUCCUGAUAUAUUUAAAUAUCGACUGAUAUGAAAAAAUAUAUCAUGAUAAACUUUUUCCCGUAUCGCCCUAACCUAGAGUUGAAAUUAUCAAACAUUCUCAGCAGUUUUACAGUUUUUACCAACGUUAACUCGACUCUGUAAGUUUCUGACGUUUCUCUUCUCUGUCCUUCAGCCGCUGUCUGUGAAGAAACCGUCUCUGUACCUGAAGCUGGACUCGGUUUCUGACAACUUAACGAAGAAUGCAAACGAACACGGGUCCCAGCCCAGCUCUCCCUGCACAGGGUACGACUCACACCGACACUCCUCCAUAUGAAGCAGGAUUAAGUGUUAUCUAAACGCACGGCUGCUCCCAGAAAUAACCGAGCCGUGAUGAUCAGGAUCGAUGACUUCACUUAUCACGGGUUACACUCUUCUGUUAUUUAGAGCUUUUCUGCAAAUGGAGCCAUAAUUAUCGAGGUUACCUCAUACAUACAGAUCAGCUGUUCCUGAGACAGCUCUCAUUAUCACUCUCAUCAAUCACAAACAGUUUAUUAAACACCGUGACCCUCUCUCUCUCCUCCUCUCUGUCUCUCACUCUCUCUGCAGGAGUUUUGAGGAGAUGGAAGCCCAGAUCACAGCCGGUAUGAAGACCCCGGUGCUGAGCCCUCGGCCCGGUCCUGAAGGUUCUGCUGGAGACAAAGGCAGGAAGAGAGAGAGCGAGGUUCUGAGCCGAACUCAGAGCACAGAGCGGGACGAGCAGGUGAGGGCGGCUCUUCUGUUAAAGUCCAGAUAAAUGUGGUUAAUUUAAGAACAGCAGUCAUAUUUCUGUGUGUUCACUCACCGUCACGUAGGAGAAGCUGUCAGUUUUAUUUUGUAGUUUUCUCAUCGUCACCCUCUCAUCGUUGAUCGGCUCGUCAGCCUCGUCACUCACACUGAUUCUCAUUAAAGCCUCGUCACUGAGAGCAGACAGCCUCUGACUCAGCUCCCACUGCUGCCACUCAAACACUCAGCGCUUGCUUUGCCUUGCUGACCCCUGCCCCCCCCUCCCUGCCCUCUGCCCAAUCCUCCCGGUGCCCCCCCCCCCUCCCCUUGUAGCCCCCCGCGGAGGCCCCUGCUCCAGCCCCGGCCACGCCCCCAUUAGACAGGCUGUCUGAGUGCGACGACCCCCUGCAGUACCUGGAGCCCGACCUGGCCGAGACCAACCCCUCUGCGUUCGCCCAGAAACUACAGGUGUGUUUCCAGACCUCACAGGUGACCCCCCUCUGUGAACCCCUCAGGCCUUUUCUCCGUUUCUGUGAUUGUCUGUUUUUUUUCUCAUCUUUACAUCCUCUUCAUUUCCCGCCUUUUCUCCUCUGUUGCACUUUUUCUCAGCUUUCUUUGGUGAAGUGAACUUUGUAGGACAGCAGUCGGUUCCUGCUCUAGACUUAAGUCUGUUUUCCUUUUGCUCUCUCAUCCUUGGGCCGCAAACCCCCCCUCCCCCCUUCCCCGUGAAAUCCACGACCCCCCACCCUUCCUUGUGUGCGGCCCAGGAGGAGUUGGUGCUUGCUGCCCUGAGGAUAGAGGCACUGCAGGUAGCCAAAAACAUCUCUCAGUGCCCCUCCCUCUCCGCUGUAACCCCCCAGGUACUGCGUUGAGUCCUGCACCUGCUGUACACCAGUGUGUGUGUGUGUGUGUGUGAAGAGACGCAUCGUGAGUGAGUGAUUAGAGCGCAGCAGGUGUGUGCGAGCAUGAGUGUGUCUCAGCUUGCCUCCGUCACACACCAUCCUGAGUGUGACUGUGAGCUCAUGGCGGCUGCCUCUACAUCUGCAGCCCCGCCCCCUCUAACAUGGCUUAAUGCGUGGACUAGCAGCGAGCUCCUCCACACGGACUCCACUGGCUCCUCGCCGUGAUGAUGCAUGUUAGGCGACAUGCAUGUAGCCUGUCCUUGAGAGGCUUACAUGAGCAUGAAUGUGACUGGGAGCCGCCCGAUAUUCGACCUCACACCCACAGCUGAUGUUACUCUGACGAAUCAUCCCUCCGAUAAUCCCAGUCCCAUUCCUGUUUUGGUCCUUUCUCCCAGACUAACACCACUAACAGCUCCAGCAGGUAGGUGUCAGGGUUUAGAGUGAAGGAGGAGCUUCAGGUUUGGAGUUUGGUUUGUGUUUUUGGCGACGGUCUGCGGUGAAACGCUGUUAAAAGUCGGAGCAGAGCGGCGUCUGUGUCUCACUCUGUUGUAAAUCACACUUCACAGUCUCGACUCAAGAAGCCCAGCACUCGACGAUGGAAUAUCAACGGGUCGCCUUUACUCAAAGUAAGAUAACGUUUAACCCCUGCAGUACCACCACCAACCCCCCCACCUUAAUCCAACAGCAGUGCAGUCCAGGUAUUUGGACAUGAACACAUUCAGACGUCAGCUUGACUGAAUCACGACCACAAAUAAAGAAAACAGAAUUUGAUGGUUUGUAAAUAAUUUAAAAAAACAGAUUUUUUUUUUAAUUGUUUUAUGAAAAAUUUGUUUAUUUUAAACUUUUUAACAGACCUGGUUCAGGUUUGAUUCAGGACUUUGGUCCGUCUUAAAUUCGGCUCGGGCUCAGAGGAGGUUCUAGAGUUUCUGGAUCGUCUUUAUUUACAGUUUUCUCCUCCAAAGAUUGACUGUCAGGGGUUUUUAGAAAUGAUUUUAAGUCCAUGUGGUGACUUCUACAUCAGAGUCUUGGAGGCAGAGCGCACAGAUCUAGAUCUUUAUAUGAUAUUAUACUGUAGAUCCUAUCAGGGAUGCUGGAUGCUCUUUAAAACUGAGGAUGCAGCAUCUAUGAUUUCCAAUUCUUCGUUGAAAAGACAACUGGACUUAUUUGAGACGUUUCGCCUCAACUAAGUCCAGUUGUCCUUUCCAUGCGGUGAUUUCUACUCCAGAGUCGUGUCUGUUUUUAACACCCUGAAGAUCAGGACCAUCCAGUCCUGGUUUUGGUCCUGGUCCCUUUAGUUCAGAGAUUUUUCAGGAACUUUAUUCUGAAACUGUUGACCUGUUCGCUCACACAGUCUCUCACAGAGUCCUGAACCUCUUCCAUCUUUCCUCCUGAGAGAUUCCACCUCUCUGAAUGUCCGUCUCAGACCAGGUCAUGUGACUAACCUGUUGGAGAUUCACCUCAUUAGUUAAAGAUGUUUUAUAACAACUUGUAGACAUUUAAUUAAAAAUGAGAAAACAGUUUUUAUUUAAAAAAAAAAUUAAGUUUCAUGAUUUGAUUUUUCAUCUAUUUUAAUUUACAAACGACCAAAUUCUGUUAGUAUCAGCGUUUUAAACUGUGUCCUGACUUUUCUUAAGAGUUAAAAUUUUGACUUUCAGAUGUGAUUGAAUUCGUUCUCAGCUCUUUAAUUCUCACUUCCGUCAGUUUUUGUGCAGUGAAGAAAUUUAAAGGUUCAAUUAUUCCUCUGCUGCUCAUCCAGUCAUGGUGGUUUCUGCUCCUCCUAGUGGUCAUGGAUGGAACUGAAACACUAAGUCUUAAUACCUGUAGACUGCACUGCAAACAGUAACUCCUGUAGACCCUCAAAAGUCCAGAAGACUGAGACCAGACCCCCUUUUAUUUGGACCCUCCCACGUUAUCAGCCCAGUUCCUCUGACCCUGAUAGUCCUCCUGGUUUUAUUCCGUCUCUCUGCUGUAGUUUUAUUUUAGUUUUAGAUCUUUACCUCGCAGUUAUUUUGUGUCCUCUCUGAGUUUCUCUGUAGAGCUGAAGUUGUUCUCGGAGCGAAAAUAUUCUCUUUUUCAGUUUGAAGGUUCGGGUUGUUGAGGUUAUAUCAGAGAAAUUUCUCCUUUUUCUGUUUUCUGGUUUAGAGAUAAGAUUCCUCUUAUUUCACACAGAUCUGACCCCCGAGUUCAGCUGCGUCUUGAUUUGGGUCGUAUUUAUUAAAGCUGAGGUUGGAGGUAAACCAAUCAGAGUCUCUCUGAACUCUUAAGAGUUCGUCUCAGGUACCUUCACCUCAGCCGCCUUAACCUGCAGUGGACAGACAGACAGACGGACAGAUGAGUCCGCUCCAGACAGACAAAAUACUUCUCCCUCUUUUUUCCUCAUAUUAGAGCAUCUCCGUCCACACGCCCCCCACCAUGUUAUCAAAUCCUCCUGUAAUCCAGAGGAAGACUAAAUCCUGAUCACAGCAGAGUUUCAGCGUCACAGAGUCGGUCUAAGAUUGAAGCUUGUUUCUGUUUUUAAAGUAAAUCUAAAAACUCUUUUCCCCUUGGUCUCCCCCCGCCCCCCUCACGUCAGGGUCUUGAUAAUUGUAAAAGAUUUGGGAAAAUGCUCCAGUCUAAACUUCAAAUCUCGCCGCCUCAGGUAAGAGCGGUUUCCUCGGCUGUCUUCUGCUUCAACAUGAAACUAACUUCAGUUUCUAACGCUGCCCACCUCGCCCGCUCGCUCGCUCGCUCACCGCCGCCGCCCUCCCCCUCCUCUAAAGGAUGCAGCCCUCUCUGUUUUUGCUGCUGUCCCCCCUUUUCCCUCCGCCUUAAUUCUGCGGCGAUGAAGACGGUUUCAUCCAAUCAUGUGGCGGCUGACCGAGUCUUCAGGAGCAUCACUCGCCUGCUGCCUCAUUGACAUCCUAACUCUGCUGUGUGCUCCUUUAAUCCAGUCUGAUGCUGCCUUGUGAUCUGGUUCAGGAGUCCUGAUGGGAACGUGGACUCGGUCCUGGUUCUGACUGAUUAUGUUUCCUUUCAUGUCCCUCCUCUCCUGCGUUUCCUGGAAGCAGCACAGAGACCUGUCCUCGCCCACAGAGAGCGCCGUCUCCAAGACCUCGCUGUACGCCCGGACCACCAAUACCAGUUACAUCGACGGGGAGAGUCCCCACCUGCCCAGAGACCUGGACCACUCGCUGGGAAUCGCUCGAGAGGAGGUACCGGAAGAUAUUUUCUAUUUAGACAUAGAAAUGUUUGAAAACUGAACUUCAGUCCUGAGUCAACAGAGUCAUCACAACGUGAAAACUUUACGGUGUGAAGAAAAGUCGAAAAUUUCAGACCAGAAAAUCUGAAUCUGAUCUGUGACCGUGGUCGGAGAGUAACUGAUUAAAAAUGAUGAAUCGAUCAUCACUUCUGUGUCCUGCUGAACUCACACAAGAUUCAUUAACUUUAUUAACAACAAGUUUACAACAAAAAUUUCUAAAGAGAAUUUAAGGAGAAAAGAAAAACCUGGAAGAGCAAGAAUACGGACAAGGACAAGAAACAGAAAUAAAAAAUGAGUCAAACUUGCGAGGAAACGAGACCAAAACAGUGAGGAGACGAUUCAGGGAAACUGUUUAAACUGUCAGAUUAUAUGAUAGAAAACUAUGAGAACAAUAUAAGAAAUAAAAUGAUAAAAUAUGACACACAUAUGAUACAAAACAACAAGUUAGAACACGGCUUAAGAUGAUAAACAGUGAUUUUAAACGCAUCAAAAAAAGUCAAAUGACACGACAGGAAAUGCCACGUUUGAUAAGAUAUGAACCGACAUGAAGAUGAGAUAACAGGAUUUAAUGAGAAACAAUCGUAAGACCAGAAAUAUGAGAGUGAAUGAAACAAAAUCAGGAUGAAGGUUUAAUUCAAGUCUUUACAGUUUGAUUUAAUAUCCAAUCAUAGUGUUUCUCAUCUUAAUUAUGACUGUACAGCUGAUUAGUUUGGACUCCAGCGCCAACAACACACCACAUGUGAGAGAAACUACAGACACAUGUUCUGGAUAUUAACCACCAAUGCAUCAGCAAACAGCAGUGCCCAGAGAAGGACACCGUGACGUUGGUUCACAGACUUAUAAAAACUUAAACUAUAAUUUAAAUAUCAUAAUAAGAGUUUUCAAAGCUGAUCUAUAAUUUAGUCCGUCUGUAAAAUCUUCAAACCUGUUUGUAAUCGAAGGAUUUAAUCGAAACUGUAACGGUGUCAUGUUGUUGUUGUUGUUGUUGUUGUUUAAAUCAGAGAGAAGCUUCACUAACGGGAGGAAAUCCUGAUUUUAGUUUGUGUAGAGAAAGAAGUUCUGCUGUUUCUGCGUCCGUCACUAAAUAAGUUUGUCUGUUUCCUCAGAUCGUGUCCAAGGAGAAAGAAGUGCUGGAGUGGCAGAGGAAGUAUGAAGACAGCCGACAGGAAGUGGUGGAGAUGAGGUGAGAGUCCACCUGUACACCUGUCCACAGCAGCAGGGAUUAAACACCUGCAUGUGUGUGACUUCCAUGAACGCUCAGGGUCUUUUUAAAGACGGCUCCUCGUAUCACCGUUUGACCUCUUAAUGGUUUAACUCGCUUACAUGUCAGCGUGCCGACGGGGCGAGAGGAGGGAGAGUUAUUUACCGUUAACACGAGCGCCGUGGAGAAAAGAGAGGAGGACGACACGCAGCUGACGUGAAACAUACACGUCUUUAAAAACGUGGAAAUGAGCAGAAAUGACGGCGUCUUUAGUUUGAGUUACACCAGCUGCUGAAAAACUGGGAUUAUCCUCGCUCUAAUAUUUACGUGGACAGAUGAUCAAUAUGUCCAACAAACGGACGCUAAUUCGGGUUCAUGAGGGCAGCGGUCGGUGGAACAGAAACCUUGUUUUCAGUCAGCAGGUGGUGGGUGUGGGCCAGCUGGCCUCAGCUCAGAUAGUGUGGAUAAGAAAGAGCUUAACUUCGUUUGACUGAUUGGACUCAGGAUAAGGAGGAGCUAAGAGGCUAAGGGGCAGGCACGGCUAAUCAAUCCUCUUACCUCUGGAAACCUGCUUUUACCAAAACAAGGCCUCCUAUUGGACGGGGAUGAUGAGAGCGAGGGAAACUUCAGGAAGUGAGAAACAGGAAGUCGAGUUCAGAUGAAGUGAUAAAAAUCCUCCUCAAACAAAAACGUGUUUUAUCGCCCAAAUGAAGUUUUUGUUUACAAGUGAACAAACUCACUCCCGUCUUUCCCUCUGAGAGACUCCGCCCCCUUUGACCUGUUUCUGACACCUGUCGAUAUCCGUCUGCCUCCUCUCUAACCGUGUUUUUUUUCUCUCCUGCAGGAAAAUCGUCGCCGAGUACGAGAAGACGAUCGCUCAGAUGAUCGGUAAGUUUGAGGUCUGAGACGCUGAGUUUCCACGUUACCUUCACCCCUCUCGACCACGACUGUUCGCUGCACUUGUUCAUUUGCAAACCGAGCGUCCCGAGGUGUUUGUGUGAAGAUGUUUUAACCCUCUGACGUUUUGCCUCCAUGUUUGAUCGAUCUGAACUGAACCCUGAGGUCGUCCAUCAGGACAGACGUACUCUCUCUCUCUCUCUCUCUCUCUCCCGCUCUCAUCCACCUCUCACCACCUCUGGACGUUCCUGAAAAUUAGAUUUCUGCAGCUGUUGAAGUUUAAUUUCUUGCUCUCAUUAAAGUCACCGUCACUGAAAGGAUCAGGCUGUCUCUGCUUCUGUCUAACACUCGCCUCUCUCUCACCUGUCCUGCCCUCCCAGCUUGACUUUAACACACUCCCUUCUUUUCUGUUCUGCUCCCAUCUUUGCCCCCUCACUGUUUGAUCACUCUGACAGGCAUGCCAGGUGAGUAACGCGGCCUCGGCCCCGUCCCCGUCCUCGUCCUCGUCCUCCGCUCGUUUGUUUCAGCUCACGUCGUUCCAUCAGGAGCAGAUCUGCUCCCUGUUCUCAUCUCAUCCAGUGACUUCAGUUUGUUUCAUCUGUUUGUUAAGAGUCGGUGAUUUUAGCGUCUCUGUGUGAUCCUCAGUCAUGGAUGUUUGGUACAAUGUCACUCAUAUUUAACCGUGUCUGUUAUAGAACUUUAUACAGAUGUUCUCCAAUUUGAAACAGGUUUGAUUGAGAUUAGAAAUAAAGAAAAUAAAGUUUUAUAUUCAGGUAUUUAUCUGACGGAGACGGACUCACUGAUGUAGAUCGGUGGGAAAAUGUCAGAUGUGGUCGUUCUGCAGCUCAUGUGUACAUUGAUUUUAACCCCUUAGUUUCCCUCCAGACAAGAACAUUUGAGUAAAUUACAGACUUCACUCAGUUUUACUGAAAACACUCAGAAGCUGCACAACAUCCACCUCAUCUGCAGGGGGCAGCACCACACUUUACAGCGUUUUCAAACUUUACUGUGAAUUCACUCAAAUUUUUUAGAUUCAGAAUUACAGACGUGAUCGAUUUCUGCAGGAUUAAAAACACAGAUACUCUCCUCAGAGAUCAUCCUUCCUCUGUUCACACUAACCCUGAACAGACAGACGUUUAUUAACUCUUAAAAUUAGGAGUUUGGAGGAAACGUUCACGUCUACAUCUGUGCGAGUGUUUCUGCUGCGACAGUCAGCUGAGCGGGUCGGAGGUUUUAGCUUGUGACAGGAAAGAGAAAGUGAGGAGGGGCCUGAGAGAGCUUUACGGUCCAAUACUGAGGCUCUGAAAGUCAAACCAGGCGAAGCAACUUCGGCUCCAUGAUCCAUUUGUCUUCACAUGUGGUGAUAAAACACUCUUUGAAACGAGAGAAAAACCGUCAGUGAUUCUGCUUUUUAAAAGUAAAACGUAUAAAUGUGUCGGGUUAGAAAUGAAUCACAGACGUAGAAAAACAAAGUGUGUGUUUCUUUGUUUCCUCUCAUCUCUGCAGGUCUCUGAAUUCUCCAUCGUCAGUGUUUGUGUUUGCAUGAUCCUCAGAUUAACUCAUGUAGCAUAAAAACACAGUUAAACCAUACUAACACACAAAUCCAUGAUGAUAUGUCGUCAAUAAUAUCUUUGAUUGUUGUGUAACUGUUGGUCUGUGAAGGAACUCUGUAUGAUCAGACAUGAUGUGUGAACGAGGUGAAGAUAUGAAGACUGUCCGUCUGUUUUUAAUGCAGCAGAAACAGAUUCUUCUCCACAGUUAGGAUAGAACAACCUGAUCUGUGGCUCCGCAUGCUUUAAUAACACAAACAGGAGACUGCAGCGAUGAAACCAGAACCAGAACCAGAUCCUAAAUCUGGGUUAGGACAGAUUUGUGUUUCUUAAGUCCUACUGUUAUUUUUUAGAUGACGUAAAAACUCUCACCAACAUCAGAUUUAGCAAAGUAUUCAGCCAUUAAUCUACAGUUAUAUAUCUGUGUUUUUAAGCGAUCAAAGGUGCAGAUUUGUCUUGGAUUUCAUUGAUAAAAAGAACUUAUUUGUAAUUUUCUUUAAAAUUAAACUGAAUUAUUGUCGAUGAGUCUUUAAAGGAUAAUUUAGGUGAUUGAUUUAGUUCAGGAAAAGUCAGAGACUGAGAAAAACAGACACACAGGUGAGUUUACUGUCAUCAGAAAUCUGUCCUGAUUAUUAUUUUCAGACGUGUUUACGUUAAACGAAUAAAGUCAUCGUGUCUCAUCCUGCAGAGUUCCUUUAAAACAGAAUAUACUUUUGUGAAACUUGUUCAGACUGAUGAUCUGAUCUGAGCUGUGAAUCUGUGUGUGUCCAUCAGAGGACGACCAGAAGGAGAAGUCUCUGUCCCAUCACACCAUCCAGCAGCUGAUCAUGGAGAAGGACCAGGCGCUGGCCGACCUCAACUCGGUGGAAAAGUCUCUGGCUGAUCUCUUCAGACGAUACGAGAAGAUGAAGGACGUUCUGGAGGGAUACAGGAAGGUAAAUAAUCAGGGUUUGAGUCAAAGUCCUCGUAAAGGUCGUGUGAUCUUUUAUUAAAAUGUUUCUCCGUUCAGAACGAAGAGGUCCUGAAGAAAUGCGCUCAGGAGUAUCUGUCCAGAGUCCGUAAGGAGGAGCAGCGCUACCAAGCCCUGAAGAUCCACGCCGAGGAGAAACUGGACAAGUCAGUCUUCACCGAGAAAACAGAAACGCUCAUAGAAGUCACACACACACACACACUCAGCUGACCUCUCACCUGUCUGAUUUCAGGGCCAACUCAGAGAUCGCUCAGGUCCGAGCCAAAGCCAAACAGGAGCAGGCGGCGUACCAGGCCAGCAUGAGGAAGGAGCAGAUGAAGGUGGACUCGCUGGAGCGCACUCUGGAGCAAAAGGUCAGUCCUGGUCCGAGAGAGUCCGAGAAUAUAAGGGGAGAGGAAGUCAGGAGACUCACUUAGACCCCAUCAGAGGAUUCCUUCACAAUAAAAGUCCUCAGUCAUGUUGUUAAACUGAAAACGACUCCAUGGAAGAGAAACUAAACUUGACAGAUUCAGUUUUUUCUUCUUCCUGCUGUUUCAGUUUCUACGUCAUAAUAAAAAUAUAAAAAUGUGUCAUGAGUGAGAGAAAGUUUAGUUUCCUUCUGAUCGUUUUCCAGAACAAAGAGAUCGAGGAGCUGACGAAGAUCUGCGACGAACUCAUCGCAAAGAUGGGGAAGAGUUAG